CCAUUGGCUGGCACUGGGAGGCGCGCCUGAUUGGACGGUGCCUGCCAGGUGGGCGUGCACCUGUGACGUCAGACGGCGUGCCGGAAGUGGCUCAGUCAGUCAGUGCGGGCGGUGAGCUCGGCCCUGUGUCUCCUACCUGUUUGCCCCCCUUUACACCAGGUGCGUAUCGGCGGCCAAGGCACCGCGCUGCAUGUGUGGCUGGCAUUGAGCUGCUGGAUACCUGCGACACGGGGGCGGCUGUGACCCCCAUUGCAAACACCCCCCGCUUAGCCAUGCACACAGGAAACCACCCCCUGGGUCCUGCUCCACACUCUGCAUGCGCUUAGUACCGGGGUCCUCACACUCCGCCCCCCAGAUGUUGCAGAACUACAACUCCCAUGAUUCUCUGGCUAUCUGUGUAAUUCAAAGAAUCAUGGGAGUUGUAGUUCAGCAACAUCUGGGAGCCUGAGUUUGAGGACCCAUGGCUUAGUACAUAGGCGAGUUCUGUCCUAUGUGUCCACUAGUGGGAUACUCAUAGGAAUCCAUGGCUUGUGUAUGUGUGUCUCCCUGCUUCAUGGCAACACACAGUAUAAUAUUACAGGGCUCUAUAUGGAGUGUACACUGAAUUACUGGGGAUUAAACCCCAUCUAUAAACAUGGAGUGCUCCUAGGGGCAAUGGGAUGGGGCCUAUUCACCAAACACAGCAUUACAACACACAGUAUAGUAUUACAUGGCUCUAUAUGGAGUGUACACUGAAUUACUGGGGAUUAAACCCCAUCUAUAAACAUGGAGUGCUGCUAGGGGCAAUGGGAUGGGGCCUAUUCACCAAACACAGCAUUGCAAUACACAGUAUAGUAUUACAGGGCUCUAUAUGGAGUGUACACUGAAUUACUGGGGAUUAAACCCCAUCUAUAAACAUGGAGUGCUGCUAGGGGCAAUGGGAUGGGGCCUAUUCACCAAACACAGCAUUGCAAUACACAGUAUAGUAUUACAGGGCUCUAUAUGGAGUGUACACUGAAUUACUGGGGAUUAAACCCCAUCUAUAAACAUGGAGUGCUCCUAGGGGCAAUGAGAUGGGGCCUAUUCACCAAACACAGCAUUACAACACACAGUAUAGUAUUACAUGGCUCUAUAUGGAGUGUACACUGAAUUACUGGGGAUUAAACCCCAUCUAUAAACAUGGAGUGCUGCUAGGGGCAAUGGGAUGGGGCCUAUUCACCAAACACAGCAUUGCAAUACACAGUAUAGUAUUACAGGGCUCUAUAUGGAGUGUACACUGAAUUACUGGGGAUUAAACCCCAUCUAUAAACAUGGAGUGCUGCUAGGGGCAAUGGGAUGGGGCCUAUUCACCAAACACAGCAUUGCAAUACACAGUAUAGUAUUACAGGGCUCUAUAUGGAGUGUACACUGAAUUACUGGGGAUUAAACCCCAUCUAUAAACAUGGAGUGCUGCUAGGGGCAAUGGGAUGGGGCCUAUUCACCAAACACAGCAUUGCAACACACAGUAUACAAUAUACAGCAUGGGUCCUCAAACUCCGGCCCCCCAGAUGUUGCUGAACUACAACUCCCAUGAUUCUCUGGCUAUCUAUUUAAUUCAAAGAAUCAUCGGAGUUGUAGUUCAGCAACAAAUGGGGGGCCGGAGUUUGAGGACCCAUGAUAUACAGGAUACAUUAUACAGGCUGUGACUGCAGCUGAUUUGGAAAUAUUUCUCCAAAUAAACCUCUUUUUAAUUUUUAUUUGCCUAGGUGUUGUAAUUCAGUUUAAUAGUCACUACAGUCCACUGCUUAAUGAAUAUCCCCUUUUGAGUCUGCUUGGUGACCUUGUCCUGCAGUCAAGGUCAUCAUGGCUCUGAGCUUCCUGCUGGCUGCUAAAGUAAUCAGUCACAGAUGAAAGUGUGAUACUAUCCCCACAGCCUGACAUGGCUAAAAAACAAACACCAAAAACUAAAUUGAACAUAAACUUUCAUCACACCCUGAGCAAACUAGGGCAUGCAGGACGUGAGCUCUGAUACUACUACCCUUUCCAGAACAAACAUUGCAGGUUAAUAAGUUUAAUUGUGGCGUCAUAAAAAAGAGAAGUUUCACAAUUGCUUUGACAAACCUGAAUGUGCUUCUUUGGUCGAUGCCUUUUUAAAAAAAUUUUUAUUGCAAGUAACAGUGGAAAUAAAAUUAUCACUCAUUCAGUUUUGUUGAGGUCCACAAAACGAAAAUGAAAAUAACUGUUUCAAAGAUAAAAGGUGACCCAUAAGCUUGUUCCACUGCAUGGAUAAUGUGUUCUGUACUGAGCGUUGCAGUAAUCAUGAUGGUUACAUUGUUGUAUCUAUGCGGUUGCUAUAUAUGGAUCUAGUUCCAUGGUUGUUACAUAUGUGUCCAGCUGUAUGUGCUCGGGAGCCUGUGCUGCCCCUGACUGGCUACUUCUUAGCAGCGGGCAUGUGUGUGAUUGUGGUUGGCUGACAGUGAGUAGGAGGGUGUCCGGCCCUGGGAAAGGAGGGGAUACAUUUUCUGUUACAACUAUACCGCUGGGAGUGAGAGGUACCCGAGAGAGAGGCGGAAAUAAUAAUAAAAAAUAAUAUAUAUAUCAAUUUGUUAGAGGGAGCUGGAAAACUCCUUUGUUGGAUGGACUGCCACUCCUAUUACUCAAAGCCAAAUGGCUGAUCUUUGCUGAUCUCCUAAUGCAGUGUGCUUCGAAAAUGCAACAAGCAAGUCAGUACAUUGCUCCCAUUGCAGGAAAGGAGGAGGAGAGAGAAAAUACGUGCAGUAUGAGACCUGGCCUCCUCUGGGCUGUCACAUGCCAUUGCAAGCACGCCCCCACACCCAUUGAUGAAAUGUACAUGUCGAGUUUGUACCCCUGGCCAGUGGAUUCAGAGAGGUUUUCCUACACACACAGGGUACCCUGGCGGUUAGCUGCUAUAGAACUCACUCACUGCUCCCAGUAGUCUCGGUGACACCCCUCGAUUUUGGGGGAGCAGCCAUCCUCUCCUGUACUGUCCCAUUUAAUACCUGCUAAUUGAUAUUUUGUAAUACCUGAUCACUCUCACCUGUGAGACUCUGCUGUGGAAUUCUGUGUUUCCUAAUUCAUUCCGUGUGUAAACUAUAUUGGCAAAGCAUCUGAAAAGAUGUCUUCGUUAGCAGGAGGUGAGUAAAUCAUUUCUGUCUGUUCUGUUUGCUUUAUUGCUAUGGAGUGUCUGUGAAAUGGGUAUUUUUUCAUUUUUGCGUUAAGGUUGUCAAAGCAUCAUGGAUGUUGUAGUUAUAGAACUGGAGAUCGUUUGGCCUCCCUACAUCAAGAUUUGGCUAGUUAUUUAUUUAUUUUAUAAUAGACAUGUCUUUGGUCCUAAAAGGGUUACCCUAAAGUGUACCAAUAUGAAUUCAUUAUAGUAUCUCCUAAUGAAGAUUCCUAAACUGCAAGUUAAUUGCUUUAUGUUUAGUUGAUAAUGAAAUAGAAAAAUACACACAGUACUGAUAAACCUACAAGCUGCACAUCUGCUGUCUCCAAGCACUUACAUAGAACUGGGGGCUUAUUUAUGUUCGUGUGUUUUUUUUUUUUUUUUGUUUGUUUUUUGGGUUUUUUUUUUUCACUAGCCUGCCUUGCAAGUUAGGUGUGUGGUUUAUGCAGUUCAGUUCAAUAUUUUGUUGUGGUUUAUUUUUAAUUAAAUUUUUUUUUUGCAGCUUGUAAGAUAGCAGUAACGAUUUUUAAGGGAACUAGAGGUCUUAAGGAACAGAUAUGACUUUACUGCAUUGCUGUAAUGUUUUCACUGACAGCAUUAAUGCAUGUUUUGAAUAGAGGCAGAAUCAGCUGCCAGAACACUGCUCUUUCUGUGUGCUCACUGGCAUAACUGCUGAGAGUAAUUAUUCAGGGAUCUCUGUGUAGGAAGAAAGCUUGAUAAAAUAUCUGUGCCCCUCACUGGGUGGCAUUGAAUCUGUGGAACACGAUCCAUGGGCAUGAUUUUCCUCUCUGAUAACCCUGUUCAUUCCACACAUUGCACAGUUUAUGACUCAUUCCAGGAGUUAGUGAAUAAUUGUCCACUGAAAUGCAUGUUAUGUGACAAUAGGGCUGUCCUAGCUAUCAACAAAGUAUGAAUGACCAAAUUCACUAAAGCAAUGAUGGAGGUAGGCUUGGCAUCCCACGUGAACUACACCUGGGGUGGCAAGGUUAACUGGCACUAUAUUAGAGAGAGCAUACAUAUCUAUAUUAGCAGCUAGCCAUUUAAUAAGCUAUAGGUUAAAAUGUCUAAUAUGGUUUAAAGUCAUCAGGAUUUUUCUUAUUCUUUCUCUACCAAUAUUAAUGGGUGUAUAGCAUAUAGACUGUCAUACGAACAAGGUUUAUUAUGUAAGACUCAUGUUCAGUAGUUAAACUAUAUACUCUGAUAGUUAUAUUUUUGUGCUCAGUGUUGCACAUAGGCAUUUUAUAAUUUUCUAGUGAAGGUGUGUUAAUAUUUAUUUAAUAGUGUACAUAUGCUUACUGGAACAUUACGCAAGAACACUGUUAAUUUAGAAAUUUCAUGAUGGGGUAAUUAACUGGGUCCUGUUGCCAUAUAUUAAGAAAUGGACUAUAAUGUUAAAAAAAGUCAAGUUUCUAAACAGGAUCUUUUAUUUGACAGUUUAAAAUAAAUAAUUGUAAAGAGAAAAUAUUUGCAAUGAAUUUUAUUUGUCCUAAAUUCAGCAGAAUCUACUUUAACUGAUUAACUUUUGGUGCUUACUAAUAAAAUGUGAUGGGACAUUUCUCUGGGCAUUCCCACCAGCUGUUGCAUUGAUUUUGACAGGGCACUGUACCCACUGUAAGUGAUCCAUGUCAUUGAAGUGAUUAUAGUGUCUUCAGUCAUCUGGCACCAUUGUUCCUUUGUUUGGUGCACCAUUUAAAUUAAAAAAAAAAAAAGUGGUGACAUUUCCAUCAGUAUUACAUCAUGAAUCAUAAUGUACAAUACAAAAGUGGAUUCAUACCCCCCCCCCCCCCAUUUUUAAAUUAUUUCUUUUUGAUCAAUCACUUUUUAUUGAGGCUUAAAUGCUUUAUACAUUACAAGCAAAAAUAAGGUGUAGCAUUGGUUCUGAUACUUAAUAGUUCACAAAUAUUAUGAAUAUCUCAUUUUAUGUUUAAAGGAUGGUUAUGUUGUCUCUAAGGCAAAAGAGAGAAAAUCAGAUAAGGAAACUGUUCAAAUUUACUUAAAAGAAAAAGAAAAGGGGGUUUACAAUGUUGCAAAUAUGGUAUAAUAACACAAUUCAGAGAAACAGUUUACUUACAGUAUACCUGAGAAGUGAAAUGCAACAGGCGGGUUAUAGUGUAAUAGGUAAAUUUGGUAAGCUGAGCAACAGUUCGAGUUAUUUUUGAUAAAUUGAGGCAUAUACAAUGAGAAGCAUGCCUUAACAUGUCUAACAAUAUAACGGUAUUUAUGAACCACAUGGUAAUCUAUAAAGUUAUGCCAGAUACAUGUAGGAAAAUGAAAUCAGAAUGCACUUGCCGUGGUCUAUAUCUGUCUGAAUUGGGAUUAAACACCACAUAUUAAAAAUAGGCACAGCAGAACAAUGUCGAGAAAAUUAGCCUAAUUCACUAUAAAGCUUCCAAAUGUAAGUUAGUGGGAUCGGAGCAACUGGGCCAUUCUAUUUUCCAUAAAUUCAUUAAUCUGCAUCCUGAAAGCCUAAAAAAACACUAUAAGGAAGCACCGAGUACAUAGGUGCACCUAAUUUAUGGGGCAAGGUGAGAGUGUCUGAGGCAGCACAAGCAUCAUAAAAAAAAUGGUUAGUUAUGCAUUACCCGAGCAAGUACUAAAACAAAACUGAACAACAGAAAAGAAACAAAGCUAUGUGCUAUUGCAAAUAAAGUUUUUGCAGUUAUGUCAUGGAGUCCUCCUUGCCUAUGGGUAUGAAAGAUGUCCGCAUGGAGUCAUCCCAGGAUUAGUUGGCAAGGUGGUCUUUGAGUUGCUGGUAAGUUGUCUUCUAGGCCCAGUGCUUCAAGAAAUGCUGGAACUUCUGUAGGUGAGAAAUAUAGGUAUACGUAGCUUGCUUUCUACAAUUAAAAUAGUACAAUUCUGCUUGGAAAAAUACACAAAAUUAGUUGCUGGUGUGAGCGGUGGAGGGGCUGCACCCUGCUGGGAAGUACUUCUCGAUUUGAGUAAGGUAAGUAUGCACAUCAGUAUUCGGAAAAGUGCAAAAAAUAAAAUACUAAAAACGGAAACUGUAGGGAAUUGAAAACCUUUAUGGAACCAGUCAUCUUGUCUUCAAAGUCCCAGAUAUGGCUGCAGGAUCUUUUUUGAGUCAGUACUCCAGUGGCAAAGUAAUAGACCACAACAGCAACAUUUCGACCCCAAAAGGUCUUUGUCAGCUUGACAAAGACCUUUUGGGGUCGAAACUUUGCUGUUGUGGUUCAUAAUAAAGUGCCUGUCUUGAACCAAGGAGUGCCUGGACCUCUAUUACUUUACUUAUGUUUGGAAAUCUGGUGUUUGAUUCUGGCUCAGCAAGCACCCUGGCUCAGAUUUGUGGGAGUGAGUGCAGUUCCACAUAUACUUCUCAAGUACUCCAGUGGUGGCUGCUUGAAGGUCGAGUGGACAACAUGUCUCAGUGAUGCUGGAGAGCAGAGGAUGUAAGGCCUCAGAAGGGAUUACUAGGGCUUUCAAGAAUGUAGGCGCCUCUGGCAGAUAAGAAAUGGAGAAAGAAAAACCAUGUUUGUCAACACGAAGACUGCAUGACACCCAUAUCUCCUACUUCCUCAAUAUUUUAGUAAGUGGCUGGAAUCUGUGCCACCAUUGCACAAUAUGCCGUAAGUCCCAAAUGAGAGUGCUGUGACCCCUCAAAUGCCACUGUAGGCUUAUUUAUUGUAGCCCUCUUUAGUGAAGCUUUGUCUGACUCCCUCUGGAACGCAGGAGAACAUCACUCAAGGCCUCUGGCGGAGCUUUAGCUGCUUUAACCAGCUGUGAAAAUCCCUCCAAUCCCAUUUGUUUAGCCUGCUUGGGAGAAUAUAAGGUUUGAUAACAUUCUCCUAAAGAAAUGUGGAAGUUCCUCUGCCACAACAGCAUCAAGUAUACCUCGAACCCGAAGGUUCUGUGCUCUAGCUAUCUCUUCUAAUAUAGCCACAUGGGUCAUCAUUGCUCUAUUCUUAUUCUGUUGCUCCUCGAGCAGCAUCUGUAGCAUACUAUACCACAUGAACUUCCCCAAAGUCAUCCUCAACAGCUGCUAUAUGACCUGUCAGUUUGGCCACUUCCUCUCUGACAUGUCAGAUUGGACCAUCUGGUGGAUAUCAUUGAAGAGAGCCUUUAUGUCAGCAUUUACUGAAUUGACAUUGUUGUCUGUGGGAUCGUCUGUCGGUAAGUUCCCACUGUUUGAUCGGCCAGUGUCCACCUACUCUAGUCUAGAUACAUGCGACGAAGCUGGAGAUUCGAGAGGAGCAGGUGACAUUUUCUGAGUGGUAGGUCUUGACACCUGCUGCUUAAAAUCCCCACUAUCUCUGGAACACAGGCCCAAAUGGGUCUGUUGCUUUUUUUGAGUGUCAGCCCAUGUGUCCUUGAGAUAGGCUGGUGACCUUUGGAAUAUAUUUCUUUUUCCUCCUGAGUUAUUAGUACUCUAAUCGCCAAUCCACCUGAACAUGCCUUGCUUGGUCAGGCACUGUCUCUGCUCUGAUUUUAAUAUUUCUAUGUUAUUUAAUGAGGAAUCAUUAGGCGGAGCACCAAUGGAUUGCUCUGAUUGACUGAGAGUGUCAACUAACCGCUUUCAUUUUGUUGCAGUGUCCAUUGUUAAUAUGAAUUGGUACGGCUAGAAGGAAGUAUAGAAUCUCUGCCUUAGCCACACCUAUAGAAGAGACCAGGUUGUAGGUGGCCAAUGAUCCUUCUUUGGUGUUAAAACUAUUGGAAAAGGUUUUGCACUAGAUGGAGGGAGAAAAGCAGGGGACUCCAAACACUAUAACCAAAUCAAGGAGAUUAAAUGUCUUUAAAUGCAGCUUUAGUGAAAGCUUUGGAAAGUGGGUAUUUUGUAUUCAUUUGAUCUUAUUAAUUGUAAGACAUGAUAAAAAGGUAGGUCUCCAGCUUUAUGAAAAAUACAACUUCAGUUGUUCUCUAUCUGGCCAUCAAGGAAGCUGUAGUUCAGUUGUAGCUUGAGAUCUACAUUUCAACAACUAAAGCUUACCACAGCAGAUGUUUGGUCAAAAGUUGUAGUUUUUCUUUAAGAAACAUGUCGUGUGUCAAGAUUUGUAAACUCAUGGCACCGAUCAAAUCCACUUCUGACGUCUAAUGGGUUAAAUUUAGCAUAUUUGCUUUCUACACCAUACUGGUCGUUUUUUUUUUUUUUUUUAUGUGUUUAUUUUCACAUAUUUUCUUCCGGUUCAUUUCUCACAUUUUAAAGAAGCUGCUUGUUUUGUUGUAGCAAAAUAACACUAAAUAAACAGAAAUGGGUGUUAUGUGAAGUAUGUGACAAAGACAGCACGUAAUCCCAAGUUUUACUGCUUAUUAGCAAUAUAUCGUCUGUUUACUAUGGGAUCUUGCCAAAGCCAUGUUAAUGGAGUAAUUUUGGUUCUGUAACAUUCUUUGAGUGCUAUAGUGUAAUUAUGCGUUCUAUUGACUUUGAUUCCGGAUGUCAAGUGAGACACUUGGUCAUUUGUAUCCAUCUCUCAAGUUAUUCUUCAUACAGUGUAUUCGUGACAACAUAUUACUAUUUUUUUUUUUAAUAUAUAACUUAUACUUUCUUUGAUUGGUGUCACUUGACAUGCUCGGGCAGCAUUAUCCUAAUAUUGAUAAGGUUGAUAUUGCCAAUGUAAAAAUAGAACUUCUACAUUAACAAUCUCAGCUUGAUAGGGCUGGGCUUUGGGGACUUCUGUUUCUGUCAAACAUUUUGAGCCAGGUCUGUGAAUGGCUCCUGUAGUCUAAUAGUACCAUAACCAUUACCGUGGCACGUAGAGGCGAUGGUGCUUCCAUUGUACCUUUUUAUUGGAAAAUUAUGUUGUUCUGUCAGUUCUAUACAAACUACUAUUCUGUCUAAUGUGCAGUAAUAAAGAAUAAAAAAAAAAGUGAAACAGCCACAUCUCGGUUUUGUGCGCAACCCAAUAUUUAGAAUUUUGAACUCGGUAUAUGGUUUGUGCUUUGUAAUUUAUGAUGUCCCAUUCCACUGUAAAUGGAAAGGAUCGGUCUAUGCUAUGGAAACAUGUUCUUCAGACUACAAUGCCCAUAUGCUGAAUUAAAAGAACUUGUCUGUGGUGAAAUUCUACACACUACCUGGGAAUAGGGACCACACAAUUCAAUUCGCAUACAUAUUCAUUCAUCCUUGAGGAAAAAAACGGGGCUCUUUUUCAUGAUAACCAUGUUAAUAAACAAUUUCAAAUGCAAUUCAAUGGCGCAUCUCUCUAAAUUUCACCAAUUGUAUACUUUGGUAUACAUUAAAGGGACACUAUAGCUAACAGAACAACUACAGCUUAUUGAAUUUGUUCUGUUGGGUAGAACCAUUCCCUUCAGGCUUUGUGGCAGUAAGCACUGUCUUUUCAGAGAAAAUGCAGUGUUUACAUUACAUCCUAGGGGUACCUCCAGAUCGCUAAUAGAAGUGCUUCCUUGGGCAGUCCUGCCUAGUGUGCAGCACUGCCAUUCAGUGUAUCCACCCUCUGCAUGGAGACACUGAACAUUCCCCAUAGAGAUGCAUUGAUUCAAUGCAUCUCUAUGAGGAGAUGUUGAUUGGCCAGGGCUGUGUUUGGCUUUUGUUGGCUCUGCCGCGAACUGCCUCAUCGACAGUCUCCGCUAAUCCUAUGGGGAAGCAUUGUGAUCUGCUUUUGUUCAGCACUUCUGAUGAUGUCAGGCAUACAGGGGCAGACCCCCUGUAUGCCUGAAUACAAGUAAGAUUUUACUAUAUUUAGGGUGGCCAGGGUGGCUAGGUGGUGGUUUUAACACUAUAGGGUCAAGAAUACAUGUUUGUGUUUCUGACCCUAUAGCGUUCCUUUAAAUACAAUAGCUCCGUCAUUUUUUUUUUUUUUUCUUUAGACCUUUAUUAAGAUUUUAAAUUCCCAUGAACCAGAUACAAUGCUGAUAUUUGGGCAAAUAUGUUACACUUUCCAUAGAGUUAAUAUGUAUACAGAUGUAAUCAUUUAUCACUUAAAGAGCUGAGAAACUGCAGUUUUUAAUAAUGUAGAGAAUAUCAUGUCAAAAAUAUCAAAAUGAUUAGGAAGUUCUGAAAUAGCUGCGGGCUAUCACAUCUUGGGCAUUUAAAGACUAACUAGCAUGUUGACUUAUAUAUACCUUUAGUGCUGUUGUUGGGUAACUGCAUCAAAGUGGGCAGUCAGACCUCUUUAAAAUGGUUGUUUCCCAAAUAGGUUUAAGGUGAUCAAUAGAUCUUGAUCUUUGAUUGGUAAGGAGCCGAGUACAUGGGUUAAAUGGGCAAAGUCAAGCGUCGCACCAGCCGUAGAUGCCCUUGAAUUAAUAAUAAAAAUAUAUUUGCAAAUGUUAUAGUUGUUUGGACUACUUUAGAGAUUCCUAAUUAUGAUCUUUUUGUGCUAUUUAAAAUCCACUCUCCAGUGUGUAUUGCAUUGAUUUUACAUAUAUAAAGAGGUCUUUUUGCUGAACAAGUUGAUAUUAAUGUUGAGAAAUCUUUAAAUGCUGAGGUUUGGGGAAGGGGGGCUAGUAAGGCUUCCUAGAACUGGCUUACUCCUGUGAGUGAAUUUAAUCAUAGCGCAAAUAUUCUUAUUUUACUGUAUUACUGUUUUGUACAUUUUUAAAAUUGAGAUCUUAUCUGCUGCAUCCCAAUCUUUGUACAUAAUAACAUAAGCCAUCAUUUAAAGAUUCCAUUUUAAAAUUUAAUUUUCACUCAUUUAACAGAAACAGAGUUAUAUUGAACUGCAAAUGCACAAUAAGCAAGACUAUUCAAUUCUAGAAAUGGAUCUUUAGUGAACAGAUUAAAGGGACACUGUAGGCACCCAGACCACUUAAGCUCAUUGAAGUGGUCUGGGUGCAAUGUCCCAUGUCCGUUAAUCCUGCAGCUAUAAUUAUUGCAGUUUCUUACCAAUAUAUUUGGAAAGCCAAUAUUUUCAUUUUGAUCAUCGUAUUCCUUAAAAUGGUGUGAUAAUUCAGUGAAAGCAUGUGUGCUGGAAUGUCCCUAGGGUGGCAUAGAUUUCACAAAGAUUUUUUGUUUGACCUUGGGCUGCUCUAUUUAUAUCUUAAACGUAGUGUCCAGAAUAGAUUAACAUUUUCCAUAACGCUUUGGUUAUCAGUGUUUCAUUAAACGUAUAUUUGUGCUGAUGGAGUUAAAUUCCUUAUUGGUUUAGUACAGGUAUCUGCAUUAAUAAAUGCAGUGUACGCUGGCUGUACCCAAAAAUUCUUUUAAAAAAUAAAAAUACUUUUAUAUGGGAAAUCUCAGAAGGAAUACUGGAUAAGUCAAUGAUUUUGUUUAUUCCUUUUUGUAGACGUUAGGAUGGCCCAAAUGUUUAUUUGGCCACAAUAUAUUUUCUAGAAAACAAUUCAACUAACUUUUCCCACAUGGGUCCAGCCCCUACAAAGCACUUACUAGAUUGUAGUAGUGUGUCAUUGAUGGCCCUGUGGGAAAAUGACUUCAGUGCUCAAUUAAUUAAAUUAACGAACAUAUUUUCCUAUCCUUGCAUCAUGAAAAGAUUUCUGAUUCAUCCACUUGAUUUUAAAGGUUAAAAUGUGGUGUUCCAAAUGUGUCUGUGGUUCUCCUGCCUAUCUGACUUCCAUAUUGAUUGACAGGAUAUAGGUGUGCAAGGAUAUGUAGUUAGCUCUCAGAUAACAUUGUAAUGUACACUGAUCCAAGCACCGAUCAAGCAAUUUAAAGAAAGGUAUUCAAUGAAAAUAAAGUAAAAAAAUAAAUUAAAAGUUACACGUGGCAAUACAGGUCUUUUUUUGCCUCCCUGACCUUUUUCUUUGCUGUGAGUCCUAAGUGAGAUAGAAUGAGCCUUUUUUAAAUGUUAAGUUCCCCUUUUUUUUGUCAUCUUUGCUCAUUUCACUUUUUAAAAAUAAAUAAAUAUUUUUUUGUAAUAUAAUGAUGAUAAAUUGAGAACAUAUAUAAAUAGAUUAUCUUGAGUGACUUCCACUAGAUGUGUUCCUAGGCACCAAUAUAAACACUGUCUUUUGUCUGAAAGGGCAGUGUUUAGAUUAAAAAGCCUACCGGGACUGACUAUACACACCGGAAAAACUACAUUAAGUUGUACUUGUAGUUGUUCUGGUGAUUACGUUGUCCCUUUAAAGAUCUCAGAGUGCCAUUUAUUCUGGAAAUACUGUAUGUGAUUCCAAAAGCCUGGACAGGUAAUGAGACUAUAUUCUGCCAAUUAAACCUGAAUGUGUAUUUAAAGCAUUAAGAUUUUAAUUUGUGAUAUUGCUAAAAAGCAAACACCGAUCCCGCCAGUUUUUUUUCAUGAGCAUCAUGAGAAAUGUAGUUUGCUGUUAUACAAGGUGCCAAUGUUUGCCUUCACCACUACUGUGAUAUAAACGGAAAGUAUGAUGGCUGCAGUGACUGUGGGAUUAUGGGAGAACAUGAAUGUGUUUUACUUCAGGUAAACAGAACUGAUACAUUUGCUGGUGAUUUGUGGCUAUCACAGUAUACAGAUUCCAUUUUAUGAUUUGCCUGGAGUCCUUCGGAUGCAUGUGUUUGUGUAUGGUAGUUCCACUUUUAAUAUGUCGGAUAUGACAAAAAUGAAUACCAGAUGUCUGUGUUUGGCUGUGCCCUUACAUAUGCAAUUUGGGAAAGGAAAUGCAGGCUGCAUAGUAAUGCAGUGGGAACUGGCAAUCCAUUUCUGUGUUCUUCUAGCCUAGCCUAAGAUGUCAGAGCAGUGUAUAAUGCAUGGGUAGGAUAAAGUUUAAAAUAUGAAAACAAUAUUCUUGGAAUUAAGAAAAAAAAAAAAAGUUUAACGGUAUAUCUCUUGUUGCCUAAAACUAAGGCAUGUAUUAUUUAGUACUUAUAUUCUCUCAUGGGGAAUAGAGGAUUGGGUUGUGCUGUCUGGCUGAUUCACUGAUAUUCCUGGCAACUUUAUUUACUGGUUUGAGAAGUAAACCCAGAGGGUGUGACCUUGUGAAGACUACAUUUAGUAGGCUCAUGGCCACAAAAUACACACAUCAAUUUCUAGACUUAGACAAUAUUUUAUACGGGGAUUAGAAAGUUGCCAAAAGCAACUCCAUACGUUGUAUGUAUAAUAUAUAUCAGAAUGAGGCUUGGUUAGAGCUGUCCCAUGGUGUUUUACACAUCCUGGUCUACUGGCCAGUUGAAGUAUAUUGGGGCCUUAGAUAAGGGCUGCUCCAGGCACCUCACUCUCUUUCUUAUAUCUGGCUAUUAAAGCUAAAGUUCAAAAAGCAUACCACACAUGGCUUAAUAUGCAUGUUGCAAGUUGUCCAUGUUGUUUGGGUUUUUUUUGGGGGGGGGUGGGGGGGCGCUAAAAAAUACACUUUUUUUGUCGGCAGAUAAAUGACUGUUAACGGCAGGAGAACAGUUAAAGGGCCACUAUAGUCACCAGAACAACUACAGCUUAUUGAAUUUGUUCUGGUGAGUAGAAUCAUUACAUUAAGGCUUUUUGCUGUAAACACGGUCUUUUCAGAGAAAAAGCAGUGUUUACAUUACAUGAUUGGUCAGGGCUGUGUUUGAAUCAUGCCUGCUCUGCCCCUGAUCAGCCUCUUUGUCAGUCUCAGCCAAUCCUAUGGGGAAGCAUUGUGAUUGGAUCAGGCUACCACUUCUGAUGAUGUCAGCAGACUGCUUGUUUUUCUGAGUCUAACAGCAUGCACAGUUACAGCGUCAAGCUUGAAUACAAUAAGAUGUUGCUGUAAGUAUGGAGGCCGGGGGGGCUAGACGGUGGUUUUAACCCUAUAGGGUCAGGAAUACAUGUUUGUGUUCCUGACCCUAUAGUGAUCCUUUAAAGGACCACUAUAGGCACCCAGACCACUUCAGCACAAUGAAGUGGUGUGGGUGCCAGGUCCAGCUAGGUUUAACCCUUUUUUCUAUAAACAUAGCAGUUUCAGAGAAACUGCUAUGUUUAUAAUAGGGUUAAUCCAGCCUCUAGUGGCUGUCUCAUUGACAGCUGCUAGAGGCGCUUCUGCGCUUCUCACUGUGAUUUUCACAGUGAGAAGACGCCAGCGUCCAUAGGAGGGGGAAAUUUAGUGUUAGGGUUUGAGUGGGGCCGUGGCAAGGGGCUGAUGAUUCUGGAACAUUUUAGGUGACUAACUAAAAACAAUUUUAUGCAAUUAAAAUGUAAUUUAGAAUAAGAACAAUGUAUCUCAUCUUUAUAGACUGAUUUCUGAAUACAUGUAUUCUAAUUUAAAGACCCAUUACUGUGAGUUUUAUUGCUGUGGAGAUAUGGAGAUCCCAGAAAAGAGGAACAUUAGGAACUAGUGAUUUGGGUCUCAAAUAUGAACUGUCCCUCCUAAAUAGGGACAAUUAGUGUGUAUGGAAAAAGAUUCAGAAAGUUUCUUGGUACCCAAUUCAUCAGCUGAGUGCAUAUUGACCUUGUCCCUAUAACUAGCUGCAAUGGGAUUGGCUUCUCCCCUUUAAAUGCCCUUAGUGUAUUGGUAUGUAUCACAGUGGAGAAGAUCUAUCAUCUUAGCAUUGUGCUCUGGUUCUUUGUGCUGGGGGAAGGGUUGGGGAAAUUGUAAAUUUAUAUAUUAUACAGUAAGGACUCCUGUAGUGAGAUUCUGCAAGUCAUAGGUGAAAUAUGGCUUACUGUGCAGCUCAGAUGUAGAGAUAAGUGUUUUAGUCCUGUUAUAGACAUCUGCCAACCCUAUCCUGUUCAUAGAUUAUAGAUAUAGCUAUACUGACUAUUAAACCGCUAUGGUCUGCAACAACUGUGAAUAUCAAUUGCAAUGUAAAACCUUGAUGAUGUAGAGAACAUGUCUAUUGAAGAGUUGAAAGGCUGUUGUUCUAAGUUAAAAAAUGGAGCAGUCACUGGAGACAUUUGAUAUGGUAAUUGCUCUAUUUCUAGAAACUUGCCAUCUCUCCAUUUAUCCUGUACAACUUCCAUAGUGCUGGUAAUAUUGGCAGAUUAUAAUUUAAAAUCAAACCUUCCACACACAAAUUGUGUGUGAGGAAUCUCCCAUCGGCUAUGUAUAGUUCGUCUAGUGGAACAUAGGCGCUGAGCAGUCAAUCAUUGAACUUGGCUUAGGUAGGUGGUGCAAUAUGUAAUUUUCUGAUUGUGCAGUAUGGCCAAUGAAAUGACAGACAGUCGAGGCUAGUUAUAAAUUGGUUUUAUUCUGUUUAAAUUGAGAGGAAACAAAUACAAAGAUACAAAGCUAUACUGUACGUAGUUUGUAAAACAUUUGCUCUAAUGUCCGCUGAUAUUUUCAGAGGUGUGUUAAUCCUGUCGACGUAGAUUUAAAUUAUAGGUAACCCAUUAUGGUAUCAGCUUUUUGUUAUUUCCGAUUGACUCUGAUCAUGUGAUUGCUGUGAAAGAAAAAGUUGUUCUUGAAGGGGUUAGUGUGUGUGUGUGUGUCAGUUUAUAUGCAUGUUACAGAGCCAGCUGGCCACACUCUAAUUUGUUAACGGAGCGCAUAGUUCUCUUUCCUGCCAGUGGCUGCAAUAAGAUAUUGGCACAAACAAGGCAGCUCCCUGUGUGCUGAGCUUUGAGGGGACUCUUUAGAGUUCAGUCAUGCCAAAUAUAAGGGAUGUCUAAUGAGGGCUUAGAAGGGGAGGGGGCAAAAAGCACAGUUCACCUAGUACACCAAGAAAUUUGGGCUGGCGUUGAGCCUGAAUAUAGAGACGCAUUGGCAUGCCACAUGAUGUCUUUGGAACUUAAAUAAUCCUCAUUGGAGCUGCCCCCAAUUUCACUUAGAAUGUCUCCAGGAAAUAGUUCCUGUAUAUACACAGAAAAUCUGUUCUCGAUUUAAACUGUUAAAUUGCCCCCGUUCUCCUGUAUAUAAUUCUUCUGUUGUUUCAGAUGGGGCCUCUGUGGCCCCAGAGCCUUUACCAUGCAGAUAUAGAACAUGUGUGUUAUAACUAGAGAGUCCUACAGCACAGUUAACAGAGAUUACAAAGGCAGCAGUAUAUGUUUGUAGAUCAGCCUGUAUAUUUACAGACUGACUAAUUUUGGAUCCAAAAGCAUAUAUUUUUUAUUUUUGCUAUGAAAUAUAAUUACUGGGCAUGUUUUUUCCGAGCAUAAGUAGUGCAAUACUAAUAAACUUUAGGGUUUUGCCAAGUCCAGAUAACCAUGGUGACUUAUAGUAUUUGGUAUGGUGCAUGGAUUCUGUGGGUGCUGUUCCCUCCCCCCCAAUCCAAAUAUUUUGUUAUAUUACGUUCAGUGGGUUGACAAAACUAAAGGCUACUGCUGCAUCCUAACCCGUCCUCUGUUUGGAUCAUGAUCUAACAAAGUGUCACCUUCUUUACUAUGUAUCCAAAUAUUAGAAACUUAGAGUGUGACGGCAGAUAAGAACCCUUCGGCCCAUCUAGUCUGCCCAAAAUCUCCCGUACCAUAUUGUAUAGUGUAAGGGGAUUCAGCUGCUCCAAUUCACAGGUAACCCUCUAUGUCAGGAAAAUACUUCAAUUUGGAUUGAAAUUAGCUUGAAUCCUGAAAUUAAAGUUAUCAUGGCUGAAUUUACUUAUUAAACAUAUUAAUAACCAAAGGCCUCCCUACAGUACAUGUUUAUAUUGCAAAAACUUAAAGGGUAGGGUGUAGUCAGAAAGUAUGAUACUAAAUCUGAGUUAUGUCACCGAACGAGAACUGUGAAUGUUCUCAAUUAAGAUUCCUACCCCUUCUGGCGUUUACUUAAUACAUGUGAGGCUGUGUAUCCUUGGAAGAUGGAGCAAAUCAUUGCAUUAUUAUUGCCAUUUAUAUAGCGCCAACAGAUUCCGUAGCGCUUUACAAUCUAUUGCAUGUCAUGUCACUAUUUGGAGUAAGGCAGUUCCAUUACCUGAAAAUACACAUGAAUGCCUCACAAGUACUGAAAAAUCUUUACAAGUUUCUGUAGAGUGGAGGAAGGGAGAAUAAUUAUUUUAUAUGUUUUAUUUUCCACAACAAUUGAAAUGCUUGAGGGCAUUAAACAUGUCAGGGCUGCUAUCAUUUUUUUAAUAUAUAUAUAUAUAUAUAUAUAUCACACUAUAGUGUUCCUUUAAGUACAUUUGGUCUGCGAUAUGGUAACUUAAAUAAGGUCCAGUUGUUCUUGGUGUUGGGAGUGUUCCUUCAGCUGUCAUGUAUUGAUGAUCAUAUUAUUUUUACCAAACACUAAGAAUUCCCUGGCAGCCAAAAGCUGUCACCAUACUAGAAAAACAUUGCACCUUUCUCAUUAUGCCUCCAAUUGGGUUUCUCUGCAUUACAUUAACCCCUUAAGGACUGCGGACGUAUUAGGCACGUCCGACAAAAAACUAGUACGUCCACAGCAAAUGUGUGCGCUGGAAGCGUUUGUGAUCGCUUCUGGCUGCUCUAGUGGUAUUUCAGAGAUGCCUCGUUGUCAAGGCAUCCUGCAAUACCUCUCCUGACUGCCGGGCCGCCAGGUUUGCUAACCAGGAGCAAUCACUUUCGGGUUGCCCCACGUGGCUUCUGAUGCUUUGCCUGUGUGUGGAGUGCCUCGAGUAGCCCCAUCUGCUCUACCCCCAUUUACUCCCAGUGUAUGUCGAGGAAGAGGUAUGAAAUGAUUCUGCAUUUCAUGCACUUCAGCGACAACAGCCUGUGUCCCCCUAGGGAGCAUCCCCAGCUUGACAGGCUGUAUAAAAUCUGCCUCUUGAUUACCCACUUCGCUGCCAGGCUUGCAGAGGCUUAUACACCUGGAAGGAAUAUAUGCGUGGAUGAAUCCCUGAUGAAGUAUAAGGGAAGGCUGGGAUUCAAGCAGUAUAUUCCUUCCAAGCUCUCCAGGUAUGGUGUAAAGGUGUAUAAGCUCUAUGAGAGCGAGACUGGGUAUACUCAGGCCUUCUGGGUGUACGAGGGAAAGGAUAGCCACCUUGACCCUCCAGGUUGCCCAGAACAUAUGGGAACCAGUGGCAAGAUUGUCUCGGACCUGAUAUCCCACCUGAUGAACAAAGGGUACCACUUGUGUAUAUAUACAAUUUUUAUACAAGUGUCCCUUUGUUCAAGUUACUGAAUUGUUUUGAUACAGUAGCUUGCGGUCCUAUCAGAACCACACAGGUUUCCCAGGACAACUUGCACCUUGCAUGCACGCGGCUAUGAAGGGGGGUGAACUCAGCUCUGCUCCAAGAGGAGCUGUUGGCAGUUAAGUACAGGGACAAGAAGGAUGUGUACCUUCUUACCACCAUCCACACUGAGAGGACUCUGGAGGUCUCUGUACAUGGCAGAGCUGAGAGUACAAGGAAGCCAGUGUGCAUCAAGGCCUAUAACUGGCAAAUGGGUGGGGUUGAUCUGGCAGAUCAGCUGCUGCAGCCCUACCUUAUUAUACAGAAGACAAGGGCCUGGUACAAAAAGGUUGCAAUUUACCUAAUGCACAUUGCAACCCACAACGCUUUUUUGUUGUUAAACCCCGCCCCCCCCCAAAAAAAACCCCAAACCAGAAAUGCAACAGAGUUUUUUACAGUAUCAACUCCAUUUUGUGGUUUUUGUACCAAGAUGCAUCUGUUCCCCGGGCGGUGAUGGGAGAGAGCAGAUUUGGGGUUACCCACUUUAUUUUUAAACCCCCCACCCCCCCCCACUGCGGCAAAGCAGAAUCCUCAAAAAGAUGCAGAGUCUGUUUCAAGAGGGGGCAGAGAAAGGACACCGGCUUUUACUGUCCUGAUUGCCCUGGACAGCCUGGACUCUGCAUUGGGGAUUGCUUCAAGUGAUAUCACAUACUGGUUCAUUUUUAAUUUGUUUUUUUUAAAUUUGCCAUUCAGUUUUUUGUUUGUUUUGUUUUUGUUACGUUUACUGUUCCUGAGUUUGUUUGUUUUUUUACUUUUGCAGCGCCAGACUAUUUCUAUGAUCAAAUUCAACCUAUGCAUGGGGGCAUGAGUGUACUCAGGAGGCCUUGCUGAAAACAACCUGGAGUGUUUUCUUGCAAUAACCAACAACAGGCUCCCCUAAAUAACACACAAAUGUGUGUGUAAAAAUUAAAAUUGAAAAACUACCACCACACAUUUUCUCAUUUUUUUUUUUGUCUAAAACGGCUGCAUCAAAGGCAUCAAAACACACUAUAUACAAUACCUUGGGACGUCAACUUUUCAAAUAUAUGCACGUUCAUGACAAGAAAAUAAAUUGAGAUAUAUAAAAAGGCCCCCAAAAAGAAGAUAUGUCAAAUUUGAAAAACACGUCAGAAGUUUGACAUUGCACCCCCCAAACAACCCAACAAACCUUUGCAUAGGUGGUAUAGGUAUAGGGUGUCUACUUUUCAAAAAUAUAUGGUUUGAUGGAGGUAAAUUACAUAGGCCGGCUUCAAAAAUGUCCCAAAUAGGACAUGGGUGCACGAUGACCAGCUGUGGAAAUUCCAAGUUGGAUGUGCAACCUCCAAAUAAGAUUUUUUUAGCCCCCAGAGAACCCAACACACCUAUACAUGGGUGGUAUCCAUGUACUCAGGAGAUGUUGCUGAACACAUAUUGGGGUGUUCUUUGGCAGUUACCCUUAAAGUUUUCAGUACAUGUAUUAUUAAAUUGCUAUGUGUGUCAAAACAAUCAUCAAUUUUUUUUUUUGGCAUAGAUUGGUGGUAAAAUGGUUGCACGAAAAUUCUAAAUACCCCAAGUUUAAUACCUUAGGUUGUCUUUUAAAAAAAAAAAAAUAUAUAUAUCCAUGUGAAGGGUUAUUCAGUGAUUCCUGACAGAUAUCAUUGUUAGAAUGUAACUUUACAUAAUUUUGAAAAUUAAAAUGGUCUGGAAAUAGCAAAGUGUUGUACCUAUUGCCCUAUUGGUUGCAAAAAAAGCUAAGAACAUGUUAACAUUGGGUAUUUCUAAACCAGCACAAAAUUUAGAAACUAUUUAGCGCAGGUGUUUUUUUUGGCGGUUGUAGAUGUGUAACAGAUUUUGGGGGUCAAAGUUAGAAAGUGUUUUUUUUUUAAUUUUUCAUCAUAUUUUAUAAUUUGUUUUUAUAGUAAAUGAUAUGAUGGAAAUAAUGGUAUCUUUAGAAAGACCAUUUAAUGGCGAGAAAAACGGUAUAUAAUAUGUGUGGGUACAGUCUGAAUAAGAGGAAAAUUACAGCUAAACACAAACACAGCAGAAAUGUUAACGGUCCUUAACGGUAAGAAAAUUGAAAUGCGGUCUGGUCACUAAGGGGUUAAUCCAUAGAUUGAAAGGAGGAUUGUUACUUCUCUGGAAUUUAUGCUAUUAACCCCUUAAGGACCAAACUUCUGGAAUAAAAGGGAAUCAUGACAUGUCACACGUCAUGUGUCCUUAAGGGGUUAAAUAGACCGUUAUUGUUCUUCUAUAACCCGUUAACUUUUUAAAAAAUUUUUUAAAGUUUUUAUUAAUAUGCUCAGUUUUCUUUAAAAGAUAUAUUACCGAUUUAGCAAAUAACAUCACAAUCCAGUUUAGACAAAAAGUAUGUUGCUAAUGAAGAGGAGAAAUAGAAACAUUUAAGGGUGUGUGUGUGUAUAUAUAUAUAAUCUAUCUAUCAUGGAAAGUACUAAAAGUGGGGCAGUCACAAAGGAAACAAGUGAAAUCAGCAUUCACAUUCAAUUGAUGACUUUUUCUCUCUUCCAUGUUUUCCCCACUUUUCAAAACACAAUACGUUUAAUACCUAAUUCCCAUUGUUUUAUUUCUUUUCAUCCUUUUAUACUUUAUCUAUGCUGAUUGCCAGGCAGAACUUAUAACAAUAAUUCAUAGAGAAGCGAAGAUGGAGGGGCAGCCUAGCUGAGGAUAAAUUUCAUUUUUCCACACCUCCCAAAUACUUAUUUGUUAAAUAUAGUAGUACACAUCAGGUCUCUCAACCAUCCCAAAUUGUGUGGGAAAGGGAACAAAGUCGGUACAGUGGACAAGGAUGCUAAAAUAGGGACUGUCCUGCCUCCCUGACUUUCUUCCUUCGGAUCCCAAUUUUGGGGACACCAGGAAACUGUCCUCAGAGCAAACAUGUCUAAUUACGCGCUUGUGCUAUGCUUUAAAUUCUCAGGGCACAAGGACCAUGUAAUGAGAGCUGUAGUAGCACCCCCUGCAUGGCCUACCUUGGUGGGCCAGUCUGCAGCCUGGACUACAUACUCUGUUUCCUGGCAAGUCCACCCCUUUGGACAGCACCAGUGAUGUGAUUUGCUUCACUGGACUUCCCCCAUUUAUUCCGCCCGUUGAUGGUUCACGGGACACUGAUGUUGGGGGGUAUGGUAAACACAAUAUUAUAAAUCCUGGGGGCUGACAGUUCGAACUGUGUAAAAUAGGUGUGUUGGUAGUUAAUAGUUUUUUAUAUUAUCACAAUACUCACAGAAUCUUUUGAGUUGGUUGGCAAGAAAUAUCUUCAGUUUCUCGAAAGUUACUGUUUGUGUGUUUUUUUUUUUUUUUGUAGUACAGUUUAGUAUCUUUCUAAUUGAGUUAUGUAGAUAAAACAUAUUGCCUUAAGUUUGUGCAUAGAACAGGUGACUUCAAGGAUAGGCUUGCCCCACCUCGCAGUAUGUUGUACGAGAAGAAUAUAUGAGAAGAAAGGUUAUGUUUUUUUUAUACUUAAUAGCUUUCAUUCUAAAGAGAUUUUACUACGCAAUUAUGAAAAUAUAAAGGAUUACACGAUGUGUCAUCAGGGAUUGUUAAAACUGUUGCUACUCACGUUUGUGAAACAGGAGUUUUUACACAUUAUGUUUCCAUUGUAUGUCACAGAGAAUGCAGAGUAAGGCAAUAAGUAUUUUAUGAGGUAGGUGCAGUAUCUCCUGAACAUUAAUGUUUUGUACAUAUUCAGAGUUAUUUUCUAAAGUGAGAAUUCAAAGGGAAUUUCAAAUGUAAGGCCUAAAUGGCCAACCUAGAAAAAUUCUCUGAAACCAAGAGGGCUGCAUUCACCUGAACAUGCAUUCAUUAUAAGAGUGCUGCUGGAGCCAAGUUAUACAACAUACAAGAUCCAACGCACUAACUGAUUUACUAAACAGUAAUUUCAUAGCUGAAAGCAGAAUGUAAUCGCUUUUUUUUGUUUUGUUUUGUUUAAACCCCCCCCCCCCCAAAAAAAAAACACACCUAACCUAGGAAAAAAUAAAAUGGGGGGUUAGUUACAAUAUAUGAUCAUACAUUGCUGCCACAAUGCCAGUAUACCCCAUUCUUGGCACUAUUGUGGUCGAAUGAAGCUUGAGAGAGGGGGGCAAAACCCGUCGCAGUGUACGUCUCGAACAGGCGGACCAGAGAAUCCUACAUGAUUGAGAACAUUAGAACCCAGUAGAGACUUUAUGCAUUUGGACGAGCAUGCCUCAUUUAGUGUGGUUGUGUGUUUCCCAAGUGGAAUAUUCACCACUUGCGAAUGUAAGCAUUUUUAAAGUUUUUAAUAAUAAAGUAUUAAGAUAUUUCACUGUUCGGUUUCUGGUCUCUCUUGUUCCCCCCGUUUUCUAAGUGUGGAAGAGAGGAACAUCAGUCGGCUGAAACUCCCCUGGGGGUUUGUGGGAUACAUUUGCUCUCAUUUGGAGCGGUUUAAACCUAGAGCCAGGGGUGAAGGGGCUCUUGUACAUGUGAGUUGGAUCCUUGCAUUUACAUCUGCAUUUAUGCUGUGUGUGUGUGUGUGUAUAUAUAUUUAUGAUCUAUAGAUGGUCUGCACUAUCAGAUUAUGAAAGGUCAAUGAAGGCUACAUGCUAAGUAUAUAUUUGACCGUUUCACUUUUGUAUGGGUGACUUAACAAUUGUUUUCUUUUUCACAUUUUGGUAUUUGCAGCUUGAUUUUAUUCUUUUUACACUUUUUAAAGGCUCUUUACAUAUUUGUAUAUAUUGAUUCUGAGAGCCUGUCACAUUUCUUUGGUAUUGUUUUUGAUUAAUUUCAGUAAGCUGUGUAAUUAUAUUCAAUAAGUAGAAUAAUCAAAGCAAUUAUCUAUUGAAUAUAGGACAACCAAAAUAUUAGAAUCCACGCAUCGAGUCUGCUUUCUUUCUGCUAAACCAGACAUAGUUGUAACAAAGGGAGAAACGUAUAUGGGAAUGGAAGGUGAGAGUCCUGUUCAAAUGAUCUUAUUGUCUCCUGGAUGUGGGGGCUCAUUACACAAAAGGGAAAAACAAAUUACAAUGCAAUCUGUAGGGAGAAUAUCCUGCUGGUCGCACUAAUAGUACAUAAAAUAUAGUGUGCUUUGUGUAAUAACGAUUUGCAGUAUUUAUAUAAUGGAGAAGGUGAGAUAGCGUGGGUGGGGGAGGGACUAACUGACACAGUUGAAGAAAUAAGUGGGUCUUAACUCUUCAUGAUCAGCGAAUGUGGUCUUUUUUUGUGUUAAUUUUCUUUUUACGCUAUUCUAUAAUGGAACUGCCUAGACCAGUAAUGACUGUUGUGCUGCGUGAUGGUAGACCAUAUAAGCAGAACAUUCCGAUGUUGGCAAAUGAAUUUUACAGCCCAGCUUUUGAUGAUAGCUAUGAUUAACAUUGAAAUUUUCAUAGGACAGGGAAGACCAUUUGUUAAUAAUAGGGCUUUUCUGUGGUUGAGCUAUCAGUGAGAUUUGGAGAGCUUUGGCAGAGGGCAAAGAAAGCUUGUUGGUGCAGUGGAAUGCCUUAUAGACACAGCCAGGGCUUUGCUAGGUGACAAAAGACCAGGGACUUCAGUCCAAGGGUGAAUUUUAUGGCCCAUCCUAUAUAAGUUGAUUUAAGUCCCUCUAAAAUCCCCCCUAUAACACGCUCUAUAACCAACAUGAACUUCUUCUAUGAAUCACUUUAUGACAUCAAAUCUUUGUAUGAUUUUCUUUUUUUUUAGAAAUCUAUAUUUACAAACACAGCAUGAAACCAAAGGAACACUCCAUGUAAAAUAAAAGUAUUUUUAAAAAAACAACAACUUAGUAGAUAUACCCAGAAAGAAAACAUGCAUGUACUUCUUUUGGGAUUCAUGGGGGAGAAACACUGUCUGCAGCCUUUGCAAGCUCUCCCCUCUUUCUCUAGCUCCUAAUUUUAUUGAGAAGCUUCUGUGCUCAAGCCAGUGGCGUACUAAAGGGGGCGAUCCACCCCAGGUGCCACCAGGUAGGGGGGAGCCAUGACCAGGGCCAGGGAUGUGUGAGCUGUGCGGCCGCACAGUGCCCCAUGGCAGCUGGGAGUGUGUGUGACUGUCUGCCUGUAACACAGCAUCCGUCCCCGGGUGCCAAAUGCUCUAGGUACGCCCAUAGCUGAAGCCACAAAUGUGUGCAUAUGAUGGCAGCUUCCAAAUGUUUUUUUUUUCUUCUUCUUCAAUUAACUGUAAUACAGCUCAUUGAGAAGGGGGGUGGCACGUUUUAGCUUAGCGCACCUGCCACUUCUGCUAGAUCUGUGAUCCAUUACUCAAUUAUUAAUUUCUAUAUCUUCGUUUACUAUGUAGCAGGGCUGAGCUAUUCAGAAUUGGCCUGCAUUCCUUGAUGGGCUCUUCCCUGAGCCCGGGGGGAACUCCCUAAACAAUGGGCCCAUGUGCCCAUCUAGAGGAUGUGGUUUAUGUGUGUGUCUAGCAGCUGUAGAAAGAAUGUUUGUUGGGACUGUAGUUUGUGUCUAGAGGGUAUAAUGUUCUGAUGUGUAGGGGAUGCAACGUGUGUAUGUAUGCAUGUGAAUAGGUACUGUGCAUGUGUGUGGGGGGUAGGAUAGGGGCUUUCAGGUAUGAAGUAUAAAUUCAAUAAUAAAGUCUUCCCCUGUGUUAUUUUUUAAAAUUUAUUUUAAAAUGUGAUUUAAUGUGAAUAUUUAUUCAAAUGUUGAGUGGGUGUGUGUCUUAUGUAGAGUCUCUGCAAGUGUUGUAGCUGUGUGUGAGUAGUGUGGCUUUCUGUGUGUGAUGUAUAAGGCUAGCUGUGUGUAAUGCUAGUAUAAUUGUGAGUGAUGUGUGGGUACCUGUGAGUGGUAGGUGUUGCAGUGUGAUUUGCUGUGAGUGAUAAGUUUAGGCCACUGUGUGUAACAAGGUGUCAUGUGUGGGUAGCUGUGAGUUAUGUGUAUUGCUGUGUGGGUAGCUGUUAGGGCUGCCAUGGAAGAGAAAAUUUACCUAGGCAUUUAAUGGCAAAUUUACUUGCCACUUCACAUGUAUGUAUAUGUGUGUGUGUGUGUGUGUGUGUGUGUGUGUGUGUAUAUAUAUAUAUAUAUAUAUAUAUAUAUAUAUAUAUAUAUAUAUAUAUAUAUAUAUGUAUAUGUGCAUGUGUAUGUAUUUUAUUUUUAUGUUUUCUACUUCACAUUGAGCAAGUUCCUUUCUCCCCAAGAAAACAUCAUUAUAUGAACAUUUUGGCUUCAAAAAUAUUUGUCAGCCCCUAAUAUUUAGAUUCCAAGUGUUUUCCGUGUCCUGGUUUCUAGGAGACGCCUUUGUGCUCUGCAUGUUAAUUGUGCACAAUAGGAGAGAAAAUAGAAGCCGUUCAAUUGAUGUCUGUAUGCUUUCCAACAUACACAUGGGUUGUUUUCCUUUUUUAAAGCAGUAAUCCUGUGUAAAAGCGAAUUCUUUUUUAAAUUUUGUUACUAAUAUGCAUUCAAUGACCGGGGCAAAAAUCUGAUUGUUCCUCACUUUAUUGUGACAGAAAGCAUGUUGCCCAGAAAGGAGCCUGCUGUGUACCCAAGGUGGUGUAAGAUUUUCAUUGUAUAAUGAGUUGAAAGGCAUUGAUUUUUUUAUUUUCAUGGUAUAUGUGGAUUGAAAAGAGAGAACCAAGUUUGUGACUGGGAAUGGACAAAUAAAAAAUCCUGGGCAACAGGAAUCCUAGGCCCCAAUAAUGUAACUUGUGGAUCCUGAAUCUCCUAGAUUUUAAUAGCUCAACAAGUUGCUAUGUUCUAUUUUUGACUUCACCUGUUCCUUCUGUAUGCACGUUCAGAAUGUUGCCAUCACUUGUCAACUGCUUCCAUGGAAUAUUGUCAAAUCUCGUGGCUUUGCUAGGUAAAGCCACAGCGAAAACACUUGUGCUUGCCAUUAUUAACAAAAACCAGACCACUUUGUUCUAAUUAGUUCUUUCAUUCUACAAAUAUUAUUUCUAGGGUGUUUGAAAGGAUCUAUUUAGAGCAUUAUUCCCAAAUAUUCAUGCCAAUAAGUUUAUUUUAACCAAUUGUAUCCCUAGAAAGUCAUCUUUGGGUCCUUUGAAGCAAGCAAGAACCAUAUUUCAAUGGACUAAUGGGGAUGAGAAAACCAUCUUUACAUCCCCUCCCACUAUACUUGUAGUCCGAUUUACUCCGCCAAGCUUAAAGGGACACUCCAGGCACCCAGACCACUUCUGCCCAUUGGAGUGGUCUGGGUGCCAACUCCCACUAGCCUUAACCCCGCAACUGUAAUUAUUGCAGUUUUCAUAAACUGCAAUAAUUACCUUGCAGGGUUAACCCCUCCUCUAGUGCCACUAGAGGGCACUUCCUGAUUCAUAGCACAGGUCCACACUGUGUGAGGACCUCCAGCGUCGCUCAAUUCCCCGUAGGAAAGCAUUGAAAAGCAUUUUCAAUGCUUUCCUAUGGAGAGCUCUAAUGUGCAUGCCGGCUGACAUGAUGAAGGGGAGGAGCGGCGGCGACCCGAAACCACGCCGAUGGACAUCGGUGGGGUUCUCAGGUAAGUCACUGAAGGGGUUUUCACCCCUUCAGUAACCGGGGAUGGGUGGUGGGAAGGAGAGGGGACCUGCAGUGCCAGGAAAACACAUUGUUUUCAUGGCACUGGAGAGUCCCUUUAAGAGAGACAAUUUUUUAAAAUGUAUAUAUUUUAAGCAUUAAAGAAAAAACUACUUUUGCAGGGCCAUCUUCACCUCUCAAAUAUCCACUUUCUAUAUUUAGGUGCUCCGGAAUAAUUGGUGCUGUAUGAAUACUAAUAAUAAUUAGUGUUUGAAGUUUUUAUAGAACGCGCUUUAUCAUUAAAUACUUGUCAAAGCCUGCCUUAUUGUGUUGGAGUGUUCUAAUUUUUUCUUUUUUUCUUUUUUUCUUUAGACUUAAGCAAAGCAAUGUCGGGAGGAGGGAUGUCCCCAUUUCAAGAGGCCAUCCGGCAGGAGCUGGAGGCAGCCAUGAAAGCAGAUCUGGAAAGAAUACUUUCUACAGCACCUGAGUCGGAACUGGAGGUAGUACAUCUCGUGUGGCAGCAUUAUCAUUUCAAACAAAUAGUGAACAAGUGCCAGGCUCACAUGAUGCAGCCAACCUGGGAGAUGUAUUUAAAAUCUGAGUUAUUGUCUCUGCUAAAUUCACUACAAUUUGGAAUUAAAGGGACACUUCAACUGCUAAAACCACUGCAGAUUGCCCUCCUUCUCCACUACAGUUACAGAAGACCUGAAAGUUCCUGCUUAGGAGUUUGUCAACUCUCCUGAACUAAGCCCUGCAGGACAGGGCCAACUCAUUGGCUGAGAUAGCUAAGCCCUGCACAGCGUACACUGCUUCCAGCUCUCCUGUAGUUUUGUAGUGAUUAUAGUGUUUGGAAUGGUCCUUUGAAGGGACUCUAUAGGCACCCAGACGAUUAUUAUUAUUAUGAUGUUAUUUAAAUAGCGCCAUCAAACCCUGCAGCUCUUUACAAUUAGUGCCAUGCCCCAUUUUAGUGCCACAGUUAAAAACAUUUUCAUUUUGCAGGAACGUCAAUGGUUUUAUUGCAGGGUCAACGUGUCUAAAGUGCCCGUCAUACUGACAGCCAGUAGAGGCACUAAUUAUAAUGGAGAUGGUCUGAUAGACGACCUGAUUGGCACAAUGCAGCGUUAUGCCGUGCAUGUGCACUAGCCUGAUGUUUUCCUAUGGGAAUCUUUGAUUUCUAUUAUUUUAGUCAAAGAGGCAGCGCGCAACUCCGGAGACCAGCGCUGCAAGGGUAAAAAGUUAAUUGAUCUUUUUUUUUUUUUUUGGCUGGGGAUGUACUUCGAACCAUGCAGUUGUGUGUGUCACAGCGAGAAUAUGGAGAAAUUAGCAAGUUAAAUUUUUUUUUUAUUGCCUUGGAGCAUCCACUACAACAACUGUUUUGGCUUGUAGGUUUCGUAUUCAUGUAAUUUGGCCCACACUUCUGCUUUUAGCUCUCUAGGACUGUCAAAUAACCUCACUCUAUGCAAACACUGGCUGCUGGUAUCCGCUAGCUGCCAAAUAGUGGUACAAUCUGAUCGUGUUGUGGCCAGGCUUGUGAAGUACCAAGUCCAGGUCCCCAUGUCCCAGUCAGAAAUGUACGUAUGAGUCAUUCUGGCUUCUUAUUCUCGAAAUGAGGUUGUGGGGAAUGUGAUACAUAUGAUCUGUAUAAAAUGUUCUUUGCCUGCUCUAUGAUAAACUGGCCAAAAAUGCAGAGCCUUCUAAAGAAAUGUUACAAAACAAAACAUAUAGCUUUUUUUUUUUUUAAUACAAGUGAGGUAUUUCAACAUCUAGCUUAUAUAUAAAAAAUAAGUAUUUGUGUCUGAGAGGACUUGUGUAGAGUGAUAUAAUUUUUUUCUUCUUCUCUUUUUAAAUUUUUUUACCAUAGCACAUUAAGAAGGAUAUUGCCGGGUUCCAGAGCCUGUUUCACAGAUUCUUGCAAGAGAAAGGCCCAUCAGUGGACUGGGGAAAGAUACAGAGACCUCCAGAGGAUUCUGUAAGUUAAUAACAUGUUUUAUUCCCAUGUUCCCUUGUAAAGCAACACUGAUUUAACCUUUUCUGUGCCAUAUGAAUAUAAUAUUUGGAUGUUGUUUAAACACAUUUGUUAACAGAAUUAAGCUUCGGAUCACUAUCUUUUCCCUGAACAGAUUUAGAGGGUCACUGUCAUGCAUAAUCUAAUAUUUUUGCCAAAUGCCUAGAAUAUGUACUGAUUUUGAAAAUUAGUUCAGUUACAUUAUUCUGACCAUAACCUACCUACACAAGCAUGUGCUCCUUGUACAUCAUCAAUAAUCCUGUACUCUCUGUUUUGAGAGCAUAUGAGAGAAUGUUCCGGAUGAGAUACAUCUGUUUACUGAAGUCUAUGCAACAAUAUGAAAUGGCUAUGAUAUAUAAGAUUUAUCAUUAUACCUCUUAAUUGCUUGCAGAGUAUUUGCCAUCCUUUGCCAGGACCUUGCUGUAUAAUGACUACUUCAGCUCAUUGAAGUGGUCUGGGUGCAGUGUCCCUAAUGCACUUAGUUCUGCAAUGUAAAACAUUGCAAUUCCAGAGAAACUACAAGGUUUACAUUGCAGCACUAAGUCAGCCUCCAGUGGUUGUCUACCAGACAGCCACUGGAGGGGCUUCCUUGCUGUUAACUGACUUUUGGUCCAUUAACUGACACUGGGCAUCCUCGCGUUCUGCAUGAGGACAUCCAGCGUCUGCUAGUAACCCAUAGGAAAGCAUUGACUCAAUACUUUCCUAUGGGGUAGGCCUAAUUCUACACUUGCCACUCAUGCACAUUAGCGCCUUUUCAUCAGGAACGUCGGAGGAGACCGAGCCAGGACCCAGCGCCGAGAGACAUAGACGUUGGAUCAGGUAAGUAAAUAAAAGGUUUUUAACCCUUUAUUUACCACUGCAAGGAGGGAGGCAGAGCGAGCUAUAGAGCCAGGAAUACAGCUAUGUAUUCCUGGCUGGAACUAUAGUAUCCGUUUAAAUAUAUAUAAAAAAAAAACAUAUCUUGCAUGUUGCCACUGUAACAAGGGACUUGUGUUAAAGCAGGGCUGUGGCUUCAUUAGCCAGUUUAAAGAAAGAAAAAAAAUGUGGGCUAAUAACCAUGGCAGUGUAUCUCCACAUUAGAAUGCCUGGUGAUAGAAUAUUCUUUGAGCCCUUCUUCCUUCCCAAAGCAGGACAUGUGUGAGAUCUCUUCCCCCAUGUGCUACCUUAAUAUGACAGUAUGGAAAAGGUGGAUUCAUAAAAAAAUAAAACAUUGAGUACUUCUCAUGGUUUAUACAUCUGUCUUCUACACAUAUAUAUUCUUUGUAGAUACAGAGGUAAAGCAGUUAAAUAUUAUUCAGCUCACAAGCUAGAACCACUAUAAAGGAAAGUGAAAGGUUUAAAGUGAAGUGGUUGCUUUUGAUGUGAAAAGGAGAGGCAUGGAGGACGUGCAUUCAAGUAAAGUCACAGCAAAGUGCCUACACUUAAAUAUAAAUAUAGAAACAAUUAGCCCUCCACUCUUCAGAACUGCAAAAUUGCGGAAAAUGUUUGCUUUUAUGGGGAAAAAUAUAUAUGGGGAAAAAUGGCCGGUGUUUGCUGUAAUAUGCACUGGGCAUCGAAUGUGGAAGUACAACUGAGAAAAGUGUUCAUCUGCUUUCCUAUACUGCAUACCUCAAAUCAGUGAACAUUUUCAUAGCAUUUACAGAUGUGCGGUAACACUGAACUGCUACCAACAAAACAGUGAUUUCCUUAACUAUAUGCAUACAUGAUGGAGAUUUCAGCCUGUAAUACAGUAAUUCUAUUAAACAAACCCUGUGUUUCCCUUGAGUACCAUUACGGCAGAUAAAACAAUUUCAGUUGUCUUAAAUAGUAUCCGUGUAUUAAACGAGCUGGAAAGUGGCAUAUACCAAGCUACAUAUAAACAGUGUUUCCUGGUGGAUUACUCGGUCUGUGCUGAAUUGCCUUUGUUAUUAUAGCAAAGCCUUGUGCUACUUGUUGUUUCUUUCUUUCUAUGGAUAGGGAUUCCAGGGAAACGCUUCUUGUUGCUAUGGAGAGGGAUGGGAAGCUUGUUUUCUUUUGAAUGGAAUUAACAGUUUGCUGUUAUAGCCAUCAGUAUUCCGUUUCCAGAUAUAUUAUGACAAUGAGGAUUUAUUUUGCCUCAAAUUAUUUUGUCUUAAACAGCAAUGCUAGCUGACUUUACUUUGAGCAUGCAGCAAUAUCCUGUUACCUCUUUGUGGCCAUCAUAAAUAAUCAGUUUAAAACUCUGCUAGUCAACCAACAGCUCUCCCACAAUUCAGGCACCAUAUAGGGCAUAUGUCAAAAUCUGUAUGCUUCCCCGACAGGCUGACUGAUUAUAUAGGUGAGAGAGAUCACGAGUAAGUUCCUCUCACUGCCUCAUAUGCAUAGAUGUUCAGCUGAAAAAGUUUUAAUUUAUUCUGACUUCCUUAGUCUUAGUAGCAUAUUUGAUACGAAGCCCACAGAAAUGCAUUCAGUAACAAGCCAGGUAUUCCUGAUGUGAAAUAUAUUUUAGUGUAUUUUAUUUGACAGUCUUUUCAAGUUGAUGCCUAUCUUUGCAGGGACACUAUAGUCACCAGAACAACUACAGCUUAUUGAAUUUGUUCUGGUGAGUAGAAUCAUUACCUUCAGGCUUUUUGCUGUAAACACUGUCUUUUCAGAGAAAAUGCAGUGUUUACAUUACAGUCUAGUGAUAACUUCACUGGUCACUCCUCAGAUGGCUGUUAGAGAUCCUUCCUGGGUCAUGGCUGCUUAAAAUGCAUCCAAACAUUCAGUGUCUCCUCCCUCUGCAUGCAGACCCUGAACUUUCCUCAUAGAGAUUCAUUGAUUCAAUUCAUCUUUUUGAGGAGAUGCUGAUUGGCCAGGGCUGUGUUUGAAUCAUGCUGGCUCUGCCCCUGAUCUGCAUCCUUGUCAGUCUCAGCCAAUCCUAUAGGGAAGCAUUGUGAUUGGAUCAGGCCACCACUUCUGAUGAUGUCAGCAGACAGCUUUUUUCCUGAGGCAAACAGCAUGCAGAGCCACAGCUUCUGGCUUGAAUACAGUAAGUUUUUCUAUAUUUAUGGAGGCAUGAGGGGCCUAGGGGGCUAGAUGGUGGUUUUAACACUAUAGGGUCAGGAAUACAUUUGUGUUCCUGACCCUAUAGUGAUCCUUUAAUGAUAAAUAUUUAAGCUCUGCACAUCGGUGAAGGUAUCCCAUAGAUCAUACGAUAUUCUGUUUCUAUUGUUUUUUAAAGGGAACAUUUCACCUUUUAAACCACUCACGCUCCUCACGAAAAUGUUUACAUCGAAUGUAUCAUGUAUUUUUGUGAUAUUUAAUGUGCAUAGGGCAAUUUAAGGUAAGUAUAUUUUUUUCAAUUAUAGGUUCACCUUUUUCAGAAUGUCGCUUAACAUUCCUUUUGCUAAUUGCCAUUGAUCUACACCAGGUUCACCCAAAAGGUGUUGUAGAACUACAACUCCCAUGAAGCUUUAGAAUGCCUAAGACUUCUUUAGAAUGGCAAAGCAUCAUCGAAGCCGUAGUUUUAAAACAUCUGUGGAUCUACCUUUUUUGCACCCCAUAUCUACACUGAUCACCCUUAACAUUAAAACCACCUGCCUAAUAUUGUGUAGGUCCCACUCGUGCUGCCAAAACAGCCACAAAACCUCCUGAAUGUGUCCUGUAAUAUCUGGCAACAAGAAAUUAGCAGCAUAUGCUUUAAGUCCUGCAAAUUGUGAGGCGGGGCCUCCAUGGACCUCUUUAAUGUUCCUAAAUCCAAUCGUCAAUCAUUUGUGCAGGGUGCAUUAUCCUUCUGAAAGAUGCCUCUGCAGCCAGGGAACACCUUUGCCAUGAAGGGAUGUAAGUGGUCUGCAACAAUCUCCUGGCAGGUGGUAAAUGUCAAUGUAAAAUCCACAUGAAUGCCAGGACCCAAGGUUUCCCAGCAGAACAUUGCCCAGAGCAUAACACUGCCUUCGCUGGCCUGCCUUCUUCCCGUAGUGCAUCCUGCUGCCAUCUCUUCCCCAGGUAAACCACACACACGCACCCAGCCAUCCAGCUGAUCUAAAAGAAAAUGUGAUUCAUUAGACCAGUCAACAUUCUUCAUUUGCUUCAUGGUAAAGUUCACAGCCCCAUUAAAGGGACAUUAUAGUCAUCAUGGGCACUCUGACUGGUCUGCUGCUAUGCAGUCUCUUGCGCAUCAAACUGCAAUGCACUGUGUGUUCGGACACCUUUCUUUCAUGGCCAGCAUUAAACUUCAGCAGUUUGAACUGUAGCAUCUCUUCUGUGUGAUCGGGCUAGCCUUCAUUCUCCACGUAUGUACUAACCACUGCAUACCACAGAAUGCUUAAUGUUUUGGAAAUGCUCUGACCCAGUGGUCUAGCCGUCACUAUGUAACCCUUGUCAAAGUUACUCAGAUUUUUUCGGUUGCCCAUUUUUCCUACUUCCAACACAUGAAAUUCAAGAACUGACUGUUCACAUGCUGCAUAAUAAAUCUAACCCCUUGACCGGUAGCAUUGUAACCAUAUAAUCAAUGUUCUUCACUUCACCUGUCAGUGCUUUUAAUGUUGUGGCUGAUCAGUGUAUAAAGAUAUUUUAUAAUGGACACUGGUGGAUUUAUUUUUAUUUAAUUAUUUUUUAAAAAUAAUUCUCUACUCUGUUCCUGCACGCAGGACUUCAAUCUUCUCUUAUAGAAAACAGAGUAGUGCUCCUCACCAUAUUAAACAGAGCAUAGUGAAUCCUUUCUGUUGAUGCUCAGCCACAUCUCUGAAGGAAUGGAUGUGUGCCAGGUCUGGCGUCAAACCAGUCUGAGGGGGAAUAUAAAAAUAAAACCAAGUACUGAAGACCUUUUCAUGGCGCCUCAAGCAGACUUUAUAUUCCAGAAUGAACUGUUCCCUCUGAACCGUGUAAAUGGAGCCGGAAUUCUUUGUGUGAAGGGGGGAAAAAAAUAAUCUUAAGACCUGGAAUGUUCAGUGUGCUUUCACAAACUAUGUAUAUUAAUUUAAAUUGUGCUUAGAAGUUUUAGAAUAAGUUCCAGCAUAAUUUGUAUGUUUGCAAAUUGUGAAGACAGCCGACCAGUAGACAGUAGUGCUAUUCGGCAUCAAUGCAUCUUUAUGGUGAGAGUUCAGUGCUGAAUGUUGGUCCUGCAAAGAUUGCAGGACCGCAACUGUAAGCCCCUCUAGUAGCUGUCUGAUGGAAAAAAAGCAGUGUUGUCAUUGCUGUGGUUGCAGUAAUAGUCUAUUUGCACUAGAACCACUACAUUAAAGGGACACUGUAGUCACCUGAACAACUACAGCCUGUCCCUGCAUGUGCAGUAGCCUCCCAAUGCUAUGACAAGGCACUGGAUUGGCUGAGAUCGUUAAGAUAUUUUAUCUCAGCCAUGGAGGCUGUACCUAUAUAUUUUGCAAAUGUGCUUCAUUUUGUUAAGGGCAUCUGUGUUAAUAGAGCGGUAAACCCCAAACAUUUGUUUCUUUUAUGUUUUCUUUUCUUUUUUUUACUUUGUAUUUGCUAGUUGGUCUCCUCAAUAAGCAACUGGAGACUGAGGUAAAGGCAGCACGGAGUGAACUUUUAUAGUAUGCGCUUCGGUUUUGUAGUUCAUAAUUCACUGUGACCAAAUAAGAGAAUAUCAUUCUAUUUUGUCUAUUAUUGUGUAAAGUGGUAGAUGUGUCUUUUGUAGUUAGUUUACAUGCUAUGCAUUGCAGAAGCAAAUAUGUAGAUUGGAUUUUGAUUUACGUAAAGGCCUACACUGAAACUCUCACAACUCUUGGGCGGCAUCCAAGGCUAUCGUAUUCAUCAUCCAUAAAAAAUACAUUCACGCUGUCCCAAAUCCCAUUUAAAUAACAUAUUUAUAGUACUGAAAGCCUUUGAUUUUUAACUUUGCAUAAGGGUUUGGGGUAGUGAUCAGGUAACGUUUGUUUUGUUUAUACAUUAUAUGUUUUGUUUAGAGGUUAAUAAUUGAACUACUUUUUAAUGACUCUGUUGGCAUAGAAUUAAAACAAUGGCUUCAGUGGCGAAGGCUAUGCUUAUAGUGAGUAUGUAAUUUAAUUUAUAAAUUUGCUGUUUUCUUUUAGAAUAUUCUAGAUUUCAUUUCAAUAGAUACGUUUGUGUUUAGGGUUUUUCCUGUGUGUCUUUUUUUUGUAGCACUCUUAGCACUCUUUGAAUUUAGUUUUGUGUUUAGUCUCCCCAUCUACCAAAGAUGAGCGUAAAAAUGAACCACACAGGAUUAUUGAAUGUGUAGUCCAAUAAGAAGAAAAUUAAUGUAUCCUUGGAUUUGAUUUGUAGUCUGACUGGUGGGGUCAGCACUUGAUUCUCAUCUCUAUGCCAUGGGACCCUCUGAAGGAGAUUUUGGUUGCAGUGUCUUGGAAAGAGAUUUUUUUAAGACCCUUCAACCAAACCACUACACAAGCUUACGGUGUUUUUAAUUUUUUUAUUUUUUUUAUUUGUUGGAGGACCUGACUGGGGACUAUCUGAAGGGCAUGCUAAUAUGUUCUUUCCUUUUCUCUGUUAUCAUAUCUUUAGUUUUUGCUACAAUUAGAAUUUGCUAUGCAGUUAUAGAAGCUGUGAUCUACUGAGUAUCUGACUGUUAAAAGAUCGGUGUGUGUUUUAUUAGCUCUGUCUGGCUAAUACAAGCAAAACAUAAGGUUUAUGACAAAAGUCAACAUUCCUUCUGGAUGGAAAGGCAGGGAAUGUAUUAGAAUUAAGUGGCAUUUUAAUGGAUUCUGUGCAAAAAAGGUUUUAAAUAUUUUAAAUGCUGUACACACAAACUGGGGUGAAAAAUAGGCUGUGGGACUUCAUAUAUCAUAUUCCGUGAUGGCAUUGUAUUGAUGUUUUGUGCAAAUUAAAAGGUUCGCUAAAUCUUGUUUUUCAAUUGUGUUCUCGGGCAUGUAAUAAUUCAAAAUCCGACCACCAAGGAACUGCAUCCAUUCAGCUCUGCAUGUAAACAUCAAUACCUGAAACAAUGUAUUUAGGAAAAGGGUAAGCACAGGUUAUCACCAUCCUGUUAACUCCCAUUUAUCUAAAGAAAUUGGUGAGAAAAUGAACAAAAACUGAGCUGUAUUUUAGUCAUCAUCUGCCUUCUCGUGAUUUUCUACAAGUGUGCAUGCGUGGUAGUCAUGAGUAGUUUCUUUCAUUAUAAAAAAAACUAACAAAAAGACAUGAAUGAUACUACUCAUACAUCAUAAUGGAAGCCAUAUUAAGAUUGUACUAAAUGUGGUAGAAAGCCCCUUACAGCUCUUCCUGUAUAAACAGGUGGGGGUCUCUGCAGUUGGUUCAAGAAGAGCAGGUUUUUUUUUUUUUUUUAAUGUCUGCUUCAAACAAAAAAAAUUGUGGUUUGAAUGACUAGAAUGCAGAAAUACUGCCUGGUACUAGAGGCUGUCAAGUGACUUACACACUGCAUCAUUGUGAGUGUGUUUGCACAAUGACUUAGAAACUGUGGGGAAACGUUUUGAGGUUGGGCACUUUUGACGUACACCUUCUCUCCCGGACAUCUGACAUAAGGAGAGACUGAUAUUAGUCAUAACUUUUCAAUCUACGAUGACUUAAUGUGAGCAAGUUCUCCAGGCACAGGCUCCACCAAGGGGAAGCGCCUACAAUUACACACGUUAAGAAAUAUGUCUGGUUGACUAAUUAUUGAAGCAAUCUUUUAUAGUAUCCCCAGAGAGAACACAGAAAUGGUAAAAAUAGCAUUUUUAAUAUGUAUACGGAAUAUAGUCUGCUUUCACUGCCUAAAAUGGGAUUCUAGUGUAAACAUUAAAGGUCACUGCUCUGAGUUGCUAUAUGUUUUAUGUUGCUCACAGCCAUCAGGCUGAUUACUAGUGUGUGAAGAAGUGCCCUUUGUAUGCAUUUUCACUCAAUUUCCAUCAGAAUGAUUCCACCAUAUAUAAAUGCAGGGUUGAAAUGAUUUCCUACAAUUGCCUUUCACCAACAUUUCUAAGCUUAUUUAUAUAUAUAUAUAGUGUGUGUAUGUAUUGUAUGUGCAAUGGGUGAGCUGAUCAGGGCAAACUUUUCAAAUGUUUUAAGAGUGUAUUUUGUUGUUACUGUUUUUUUUUUUAAAUUUAUUUAAUUUUUUUCUAGUAUAUAUUAUUGAAUUAGGGCAAAUAAAAAUAAUUGUAAAAUGGAAGGCCAUUCCUGAAGUAAAAUAAUAUUGUUUAUUGGAAACAAAUAUAAACCAGGAAAAUAAUCUACAAGUCGAGUAACUGUGUAUUCUGUUUUCUGUAAAAUUCCCUAUUUAUCAGUCCCUUGUGAUCAAACUUUUCUUAUCGAAGAUCCCAAAAAUAAGCAGCAGUUCAUUUAAUAGAACCUUUUUGCAUUCAAAGUGUCCUUUAAUAGUACAGCGUGAUCUGAUGUAUGUAUGUAAGUGCACUGCUAUCUAUUCACAGCAUAUAUAUAAUGUGAAAAAAUAAGGGGGGGGAAAGUAAAGUUAGAACAACCAUUAAAGAAAAGAAAGGGGAGGUAUUGCUCCAAGGAGGAUUAAGGAGAAACUGUCACUUUAAAAAAAUGUGUACUUAUCUCUAUAUUUACCCAUCUGCACAUUCCAAAACAGUGGUUAUCAAACCAGUCCUAAAGACAAACCAACAGUCCAGAAUAAAACAGGGAAAUAUGGGGGGACGGAGCCUGACCUCUGAGCCGUGCAGAUGUACCUGACACGAGCUCCUGCCUGGCGGGCAAAACCCGGGACAAAAGCGGAUGCUAUAUAGUCCAAAGUCACUCGAGGGUGCACCACACACGUCAGGGGUUGCCCCACUGAACCCAACAACACCACCUCGGGGCCAGGAAAGCAGAGAUCCACAUGCGGCCGUUCUCCUCGGCGCAAGAGUCCUCAAGCAAAUUUACCUCAACCUACCCCCCCCCCCUUCUGGACAUACUGACCAGACUGGAAAGGCAAGCCAGCUGCACGACACACUAAGGCACAAGGCCCACCGGGCACAACCAAAAUGGCCACUCAGCACAAGUCUAGAGAGAAGAGCACCCUCACCCAGCCACCCAUGUCCCCACUGGGGAUUUUUCACCGGCUCUGUGCAAGCUUCAGGGAUGCUCUGCACAGCCGAGGUGCAACCCACCGCCAAGCAGACACAACGGUGGCUUUGUGGAUAAGACCGGCAGCGAAACGCAGCCACUACAGGCAUAUACCACGAGCCUCCAAGGAGGCCGUCCGGCAACGCAGACACCAGCAGGCCUCCUGGCGGGAAAUGGUGCCAGACCUUUGGGGCACACGAUACCACUCGCAAACAAACAACACCGGGAUUACAAUACAAUCGAAGCGCACGAGUAUCUCACCCGACCACAGCCCUGACAUCCGGCAUGGCCAGCUUCAACUCUUCCCCACCAACGAUGCAACACAUGUGGCGGAGUGGUUACACACCUCGCAGAGCAAUACCGGAGCAGACCUCUGAAACAGAGACACUAAGCCCAGGGGCAACUACGGAGCGACUAACAGCGACAGAACCCGGGACUUACCAGCACGGUAAGGUAUAGGCUGAGCCACCCACCACAUCGCCUCACAAGGGUAUUUUUAGCCUGGACUGUCCCGAGUUCUUAUAACAACUAGACACCCAGACUCAGAUACCUAGGGCAUGUCCCACACAGUUUAUGCUCCCAUGCCAACACAUACCUGUUAUAGCAAUGCUACGCACGAUGAAACCUGAUCCCAGUGGUUCAAAACAAAGUUAACCUUAGACUCCGCAGAUUAUUCUCAUGUCUAAAACGAAUAGUGAUGUUGCUCUACGUUUAGAUAGAACAGCAAUGUUACUCUUUGAUAUAGGCAAGAUUUAGCAAUAUUAACCCUUUUCAGCAUGUGUUUAGCAAUUUACAGUCAAAAAGUUACUUACUAAUUCACAAACAUAAAUGUCCAUCCUGAUUCUAUAGUUAAAAAAAAAAAAAGUGCGAAAUUCUGAAAUGUGAUUUAUAUAACUAUCUGAUAUCUAACAAUGAUACCUUCUGAAAUGUCUUUGUUCAUCUGUGAAAUAUGCUACGCACAACAAAAAUAAAGAAUUAAAAACAAAAAACAAAAAAAAAACAGUGAAAUACUGAUUUGGGAACCACUGGUCAAGAACAUUGGUAAUGUGUUGUCACAAGGGGGCAAGCUUCCUCCAGAGCCCUUCUUGCAAAACACACUGUUUAGGCUAGCAGUUGAUUUUUGUAACUUGAUCAACGUCUGAAUAAUAGUUGACCAAGAGAGAAUAAUUUUUUGUUGUUGUUUUGGUUUUAAACUCAUUAAAUAAUAAACUCCAGUCUGGAAUACCCGGUCAAUGUUUUUAGAAAGGACCAUUUUGCUUUAAAGACCAGUUAGCAGAAUUCCAUUUAAUUUAGUACAUUAACAUUCCCAUCACAAACUGUGAUCUGUGACAAUAGUUGUUGGAUCUACAUAGUGUAGUCCCUCUAGGAGAGAAUAAUUGUGUAAGUCACAAGAAUGCAUUCUUAAGCUACGAAGGCGGUUACCCACAAGGAAGUGUCAUAAGUUGUGUUCAUUCAAAGAUUGUUGCUGAGAGAAAGCAGACAUCCAGAUGAAUUAUACCUGCUACGCAUCCAGCCACACAUCAGAUGGAGGUAAGUGUGUUUGGAUUUCAUAGCCUUGAGUACUAGUUGCUGAUCACGAAGACUGCAAAGAAUGAUGACGGGUUUCAAGGACCAUUCAACUACUAUGCAAACAAAAGAAUAAGAAUAGGCAUUGUCCUGGCCAAAGAAUGUAUGAGAUGUGAUACCCGAUGAUGACAGCUGGUGAGCUCGGUGCCAUUGGAUAUACCUGAAAUAAGUUAAACUGCAUGUAUCCUGGAAAGUUAUGCUACACUGUAACACAAAGCUUUUGUUAGUUUUUUUGCCACUCACACCCGUAUCAAAGGAUUUGACCCCACAAUUCUUUUCUUUUUUUUGUAUGGCACAUUGGGACGUGCACCUUAUUCAGAAAUAGUUACUGUGAAACUAUGCUUCCCUACCUGAAGUGAACCAACUGGUUGGGCAAAUGAGUAUUUCAUGAAAUGUUUAUGUUUUAGUUUGUGGUUUAUGAUGUUAAUAAUUUAAAGGGGAAUUGUCACUUCUCUGGAAUUUAUACCACUGAACAAACCAUUGAAAAUCACCUAUAACAUGUAUGAACUUGUUUUUUUUUCUUUAGAAAAUUGCAUUAUAUUCCAUUUUAAACAAGACAAAGCCAGGGCAAAAUAAUUGCACAUGAGAAGAUACAUUUAUUUCCUUUCAAUGUGUGACUGCCUAUGGCCAGAUCUCUUUGUAAUAUCUUACCGUUUCUUCUUAACUCCUUAGCAACUUUCAGUUUACGUUAUUUUGCCAAUCCAUAAGGAAUUCUUGUCAUAUUUUUAAGGUUUUGUACAGAAGCUGCUGUUUCCCCCAAUUUCUUUCUUCCUUUUCCGUUUGCUCCUCGGAGCUAACGUAAGUGGUAGGCACGCCGUGCUCGAGUGCGCCUGUCCAUAUUUUGUCUUAUAUCUUUUGACUGCAUUGAAAUUCCAAUACAGUCAAUGUGAAAUACUAAUUUUUUUUUUUUUUAUGGAUACACAAAGUUUUUCGGUACAUGUUGAAAAUAAAUGCACAUUUUUAUAAUAUUUGCAGCGACAUUCCAGAGACUAUUCGCUAUAGUACAGAGCUUGUAUAACUGGUAACAAAAAUAUUCUAGUUCCAUGAAAAGACAAUUACUGUGCUCGAGCUUGAACCACUGUAUGCAAAUAAUUGGCUUCCAGGGCGAUAUACUGGGAGGGACUCGCUGUAACUUCUAGUGGAGACCCAGACUGUUGUCAGAAAUCCAUACCAAAAUGUACACAGGGUUCUGUAGUGAAAGUUCCAGAGUUUCGCAGCCCAGGUGAUUGGUAAUUGCCACCUCCUUGUAGGUAAAAAAGGAUGUUGCCUGAAGACUUACACAGGCCCAUGUUCUUGGUAAGUAGUUGCGUUGAGGAAUUUCUGGUAAUGUUGCUGAGAAGAGUGGGACUGUUGAAUGCUCUUGUCCAGCUUAGCCCCAAAUUUUGUAUAGAAAUCACCAAUAGCUUGAAGGGAUGUUGUCACUUGCGAGUGCAGUAAAUUCUGUGUCAGGGAUGCCUCUGGCAGGACCGUUGCCAUUCUGAGAAUCCGCUACCCUGCAUUGGAGGCCUGGUGGUAAUGGAGCUACUCCAGUGAGUACUGGGAUAACACCUGCCACUGGAGUAAUGGAGCUACUCCAGUGAGUACUGGAGUAACACCCGCCAGUCCAAAGGUUGGGGCACAGCUCACAAAGCGCCAGAGUACAUGCAGCCCCAGUGGAUUAGAUUAACCACUUCUCCUGCCCACGGUGCACUAGACAACACAGUCCAAAAAUCUGAGUACCAGUAAUAUAUGGACAGAUGACCACAUCAUGAGUUUGGCAGUGGCUGGAUGCAGGACUUCAGCCAUAAGUCAUGAAAGUAGUAACUGGGAUGAAAGUCAGGCUUCAUCCCAAGUUCAGUUUUGUAAUGUCUAAUUUCCUCUUUGCUUCCUAGAGAAGUUGUUUGUUCAAGUGCUACUAUCAACAUAUUGAUCAGCAUCACACUUUGACGAUAUCUCUAACCUUAGCUUGCCCUAAAGAAUGUCAUUACUGUGGUUUGCUCCCAAAGUGAUCCCUCAGCCUGGCUGUCAAUCAAACAGUAUUGAUGGACUGCUGCAUUAUGAAGCAUUAGCGUCAUACAUACUGCGAAUGAAAUGUGCAUGCCACCAACAUUGUUAUAUGGCAGCUGGCAGCCAGUCACUGAGGUACGGUGUAACCAGGGGCCUGUUGCCAGGCUGCCAAACUUGAGGGGUUCAGCAAUAACCCCCCAGGGAAAUUUGGGGGACAGGGUUUAAACAUCCAUUGUACCCUGUACAUCGGUGAUACUAACAAUAUUAGGGAUAGGGAUAUAGAGGGUAUGGCGCAAAACAGAGGUUAAACAUCAGCAACUCUAUACAGCCCUGCUGUUACUAAGUGAAUGGGACAUUCUAAUUUCAAUGUGAUCCUUAAUGACUAGAAUGUUAUGUCAUAGAGGGACACUUCCUUUGGGUUAAAGCAGUGGUAGUCAACCUUUUUCUACCUACCGCCCACUAAUGCAUCUUUUUGGUUGAAAAAAUGUCCUUACUGCCCACCAGUUUUCGCACAAGUGCAGAAUAUUUUUUAGAAAGGAGGGUGUUUUAUAUAAAAUAAAUGUACGUACAUUUAUCUUUUUAUUUCUACUUAAUGCAUUUUUAUAAUGUUUUUAACUUUAUAAAGUUUAAUGAGAAAACAAAGUAAAUUGAAAUUACCUUUACUAGUGAUUGAGGUUGAUGCUGCAAGACUAAAUAUUUGAUAUCUGGUUCGAUUUUCAUAAGUAACAAACAAAGGUUUAUACUCUUUCAGUGAUAUUCAGACGACUUCUCUGUUUGCGCAUAAUAUGAUUUCUCAUCUGUGCGUCAGCUCCCCUCCUCUCCCUCCUCAAUUCCCCUCCCCACCUUUUUUAACCUUCCUUAUCGCAAUGCCCAGUAGGAAGGCUGAGCUAGGUAUCCCACUUACUAUUACUUACUACAGCCCACUACAACAGACAGGCAUACAUACAUACAUACAUACAUACAUACAGACACACAGACAGGCACACACACGACACAUACAUACAUACAGACACACACAUAAGACAUACAUAAAAAGACACUUACAGACACACGACACACAUACAUACAAAGACACAUACACACACAACACAUACAUACAAAGACAAGACACACAUACAUACAAAGACAAGACACAUACAAAGACACACACAUACAUACAAAGACAGAUACAUAAGACACACAUACAUACACACACAUGCAGACAGACACAUACAAGACAUAUGUACUUUGGGGAUAUUUAUGGGAUAAUAAUAGUAACAGUGAGAAUUGCCCACUAAUUCAAUUCUCAGAUCCCAAAGAACGUUUAUCGUAAGUGAGAAAUAUUUCAUAUAAUAAUAUCACAAUGUAUAAAAAUAGAUUUUUAUUUAUAAUGACUAAUUAAUAAUAAUAAUAUGUAACAUGCAUGACAAUAAUCAAUGAAUAUCCAGUAUAAAAUGGUAUGCCAUACAAAGGAAUGGCUACAUACGUCUCAACGGCUUAAACAGCAUUAUCUGUCAAGGCUUACACGAUUUAUGACUAUCUUUACAGACUGAAAGGAAAACUUUUCACAGAAGAACAGAAUUCCUCAGAGUGCAGCGUAAGGUCGUAAAGUUUAGCUGACAGUUAGAAUAACCCUUUCAAUGCUGGCUAGAUCUCCUAGGUAGUUAAGAUCUAUUCUUAUGUAAUUUUAAAUAAAAUAACAUCUAAACCAGUUCAUUAGUCAUUUCCUGGAACCAUCCAAUAAGAGAAUCUACCAUGUUAUAUAAGCAGAUUUUAAUUUGUCUAAAAGAUAUCUUAUCUUAAUUUAGAGCAAAUCAAUACACCUGGAUAAAAACGGUAUGCUAACACGUGAUAAUAUCACCUUAAUAUAUAAUUAUUCUUAAUUCCACCUGCAGAAUGGAAUGUUUAUAACUCUAUAUAUUUUUAGUUAACUAAGAUUUCUUAAUAUGGAAAUCUGGCCGUGCUUUAUCCAGUCAUAUAUAAUGCUAUUAAUACAUUUUAAUUAAUUUAAUUAAUUAAAUGAAACCAGUAUAAUUACCAGUUGAGUAGAUAUUUCAUCCGAUUGGUAGUCUCAGGAACUUAUUUGGAUGUCUCUCUGCAUGGAGGUUGGAGUCCCCAAACUUCCAAUUCCUCUCUCCUCUUUUUCUUUCUCCUUUGCAUCCCUUGUAUAUCCUGCAUAUCUCUAUCUUCCCUUUGUCUUAACUUUUAAAGGGCCAGACUCUCUGUAUGUCAUCAGUUGAUAACCCAAUAGAAGAGGUGUGGUUAUCUUCCAGAUCGCAAAUUAGGUAUUUGGUCUAUAGAGGGCAGUCUUGUCCCACUAAACAUACCUAUCCAGGAAAGAGUUAACUUUUCCUGGUGGCUAUUUUGACGUCAUUUUGGCCUAUCUAGAUAGUGCCAUAACUUAAAAUUUCAAAGGGUUCUUUAAGUUUUGUCUAGACUAUGUGUCUGGCAAAUCUGAGUUUUGACCCGUAACUUACAAUGGGACCUUAUAUGUAUAGACAGUUAAAUUUUAUUAUUUAAUCUUCUCUGUCACAAUUGUCUGGGUUUAGAAUUGAUUAUAUUCUUCUUAUCACUUGUUUAUACUAUGCAUUCCUUUUAGCUCUGACAAAGUGGCUAGUCUUACAGAAAGAAAUCUUGUGUCUUUUUUGUUAACUUGAAAAUAACAAAAUGGAGUCUGGUCUGUUCAGAGUGACUCAGAAUAUACACUUUUAGUUUCUAUCAUAGCACAAAAUGUCUGCCGAUAUAAAUACCCUGACAGUACAAAGAUACAUACACAAACACACACAAAAUAUUUUAGUCACCCUCCUGUUUCCUACCUUUUAGGUGCAGGAGGGUGACUUUCCCUGGGGUCCAGUUGUGGCUCAGGUGGAUGGGAGUCAAAGUUUCCACUCUGACUCCUUCCUCCCGCGCGGUCUAUGUAUUAGCUGGGAGGAGUGACGUGCACUCACUUACUCCCAGCUCUGUGAUGUAAUCACAGGGGGCCUCGUUGCGCUGUUAAAGCGCCCAACGCUGACCGGGCCCCCUCACAAUCCACAUCCAACCCUUCCAUACGUGGCCGGGGCCGCAAGUGGGGAUGGCGGUAUCUGGUCGCAGGGGUACCGCCGGCUCGCACCCGCCCGCCCGAUCUCUCAAAUUUGAAAAUCCCUACCGCCCACCUGGAAUCUUGAAACGCCCACUAGUGGGCGGUAAGGACCAGGUUGACGACCCAUGGGUUAAAGUAACACAACAGAAUGAUUCUCUUUUACAUGAUGCUAUUAUAAUUGGCAAAUCCAUGCUCAAAAUGUAAUGCUAAGUUAGUUGCUACUCAGAAAGCAGAGGUAUGGUGGAGAUACGCUAAAACUCUCCUCUAGGUGUAAAAACACAACUAAAAAAGUAGAAUGUCAUGUAACAUGCACAUUCAAAACAUGCUGGCUUAGUGGAGUGAUCUGAUCACAUUAUCAUCAUAGCGGCUAUGUCUUUAUUGACUCUUCAGAAACCAUUUUUUGUUUCCAUCUAGUUUGUUACCUUCAUAUUGAGAGAGAGUGUUGAAUGUACAGAGCAGGACAUAUUGACCUGGACUUUGAAAAUGUGUUCCUCUGCUGAACAGAAUGACUGACUAGACAAAGGCUGUGUCAUAUUAUACAGUGUGGCAGGUGUCACUGUAUGUAAUGCAAAGUAUCUUACAUUGACACAAUGGAAUUAAAGUUAAGAGUUACCUUUCCAUCCGUUAACCCUUUUUAAUGUUUACCAGGGUUUUUGCACUUGAAUCCAAGGGUGUGUACUCAUACGAUAAGUCAUCUUUGUUUCAUUGUAGUAAAAAAAAAACAUUUUGAUCCUAUAUCGAUUUACACUUUUUUUUUUUUUUCUAAUUUGUAUCACGUCUCCAUUUAUACAUACCAGUGCUCCUACAUCAUUUAUUUUUUUAGAACAAAUUGCUAUACUUUGUAUUGAUCAUUGGUCACGGUACACAAAUUACAAAAGUAGAGAUGAAAGAAAAAUAUCUAUACAUUUUGUGGGAAUAAAAGAUCUGUCCCUUUCCCUUGAGGUCUACGCCGACAAGUGACUGACUGGGAAGAGCAGGAGAUAUAUUUUUCGUUUAAUUGCUUUUUAUUUGGUUUUACAAAGGCUACAUAAUAAACCAUUUUACAUAGUUCUAUGAAUAGCAUUUACUGCUACCAUGUAAUACUGUAGAAGAAGUAUUGAAGUAUUCUAAAGUCUGGCAGACGCUAGCUUAAAACAUUAUACAUAUUCGUUUAUAUAUCACACAAUAAAACAAAACCGAAAAAAAACCAGGCCAUGUUGGGUUCAUGAAAGAAAACUAUUGUAACAAAAAUGUGACUAUAAACGUAUUGCUGCCUGAGUGUUUAGUGUUCCAGCUGAGCAAUAUAAACUUGGUAUACCUCCGUACAAAGCUUUGCACUGGGAAGGCACUCCACCACAUUAUAAAAAAAUAAAUAAAAAUAACACAGUUAAAGAAACUACCAUCUCUCCCCCCACCUCCAGGGGUUAUACUGUUUAGACAGGCAAAGGAUAACACAGUGUCCAGACACGCUUGCUGAUUUUUGCUAAAAUUUCAGAUACUUGAAAUGUUUGAUAUUUCUCUACAAUUAUUUGCUGUACAGAAAAUCUUUCCUAUUACAAAUAUUCUGACCUUUUCUUUUUUUUUCUUUUCUGUGUUUAAAAAAAGAUCCAGCCAUACGAGAAGAUUAAAGCAAAAGGAAUUCCAGACAACAUUGCAUCCGUUCUGAACAAGCUGGUUGUAGUAAAACUCAAUGGCGGUUUAGGUACCAGCAUGGGUUGUAAGGGUCCGAAAAGUCUCAUUGGUGUUCGCAACGAGAAUACCUUCCUUGAUCUCACUGUGAAACAGAUAGAGGUAUGUGUGUAAUACUGGGGAGAGGGGAGGAUGGGAGGGGGGGGGGGCGGGGGGGGGUUGUAGUGUAAAAACCCAGUAAGUUGAUACAAACUGUUAACAUUGAGAAGAAUAUUAUUAUGGCAAACUAGUGCAGCCCCACUGGAGAGACGUAAAGGUUGGUAGUAGACACACACUUGGGGUUUAAUUGAUUAUUGUUUGUAUUGUAUUAUUUUAAUUUAAACAAUAGAUUAAUUAGUUUGUGUUGCUGAAAACUUUUAUUGCAUCUGUGAUGUUUCCAGGAGAUACUGGACUUUCAAUAUGAGUAUUUGGUUUCCGGCUAUAAUCUAUAAUAAGUUCACUUUCCCAAAAAUGUUGAAGGAAAGAAAACAACGAACCCCCCCCGCCCCCAGAUAAUAGCUUUCACUUGCUUUGUCCCUAUGGUUUCUAGGAAGGAUUUAAUCAGUGUUAAUGAGCGGUCGGUCGUGUUAUUAAUGUCUGAAUGUGUUUUAUUUUUCUUGAUUUAGCACUUGAAUGUGACCUACAACACACAAGUUCCCCUGGUUCUUAUGAAUUCCUUCAACACUGAUGAAGAUACAAAAAAAAUAUUACAGAAAUACAGCCACAGUCGAGUGAAGAUUUAUACUUUUAAUCAAAGCAGGUAAAAUGGAGAUAUCAAGAUUGCAAACUUAACAAAAAAACACUAUGACAAUAGAUGACAAUUAAAUCUUUCUUAUGGCAGAACACAUCUAAUAAAUAUCGAAUGAGGAGAAAAAUUACUGUCCAAUGGCCUAGUAUAAUUACAUGUGUCCUUUUCCCUUCCUCACCCCACUUUGUUUGGUUUGAUUUUGUGUUAACCCACUAAGAGCCAGGAAUAGUCUAGCUCUUUUUAUUUUUUGAGAUAUUAAAAGUUCAUUUUUAACUUCAUACUAGGCCAUUGGACAGUAAUUUUUCUCCUCAUUCUGUACUAAUUUCUCCAAGGUUAUCCCCUAUUGUUACUGUCCUAAGAACAUUGCACGGCUUCUAUCUUCCUCAGUUUACCUUCAAGCAUCUUUUGAUGACAUAUAUAAUGCAAUAUAUAUAUAUAUAUAUAUAUAUAUAUAUAUAUAAAUAAUCUCAGGGCUUGAAAAAUUGUCAUGUAGGAGCGAGCUAAAAAAGUUAGGUGCCAGUCAUUUUCAGCGAGAAAAUGCAAUUCUUAAAGGGACACUAUAGUCACCAGAACCACUACAGCUUGAUGUAGUUGUUCUGGUGUCUGUAGCCUGUCCUUGCAGGCUUUUCAGUGUAAACACGGCCUUUUUGCACAAAAUGUUUACAUUGCUGCUUAGUAACACCUCUCGUGACAGUCACUCAGACGGCCACUAGAGAGUCCUGGGUCACUGCUGCACCACGUGCAGCACCCAGGUUCAGUGUCUCCAAGCUCUGCCUGGAGGCCCUGAAUGUUCCUCAUAGAGAUUGAUUAAUGUAAUGCAUCUCUAUGAGGAGAUGCGGAUUGGUACAUUUGCUGCGCAUGCACAAAACCCUCCCAAUGCUUUCCCAAGGGAAAGCAUUGGCUUAGCUGAGAUCAUAAAGAUUGAUAAUCUCAGCCAUGGAGGUGGUACCAGCCGUGCUGAAACUGGCACAGCGUGAGUAAAAACAUCUUCCUCAUGUAAUCGGAGGGGGCAGGUACCUAAAUGCACACACACUAUGACAGAAUCACAUACAGUUACGCUGACAACAGGAACGCACACACAAACUGACAGGCUCACACACACUCUUGACAAGCUCUAACACGCGCACACACACACACACUCACUGACAGUCGCGCACUCACUCUGACAUUCGCGCGCACACACACACACACACACAGGCAAACAGACUCAUUUUUGUUUUACUUGAACGCCACUCAGCCUCCAUACCUUUGGGAGAGCUGAGUGGGUAUUUCCCUGGGGUCCGGUGGGGCUGCUCUCAUCCUGCGUGUGAAGGAGCAUUGUAGGCGGUGUGGAAGGAGCAGUAAUAUGCCUGUAGCUGCUCUGUUCCCCCUGCAUAUUCCAGCUCUGGGGACUGCAACAGAGUACUGCUUCAACGGGCAGCCGGCUCCAUGCUGUCUUGGCCGGCCGCCUCCAUCCUGCUCACUGUGGCCGGCUCCAUGCUGCCUUGGCCAGCCGCCUCCAUCCUCCUCAGACAGCUGCCUCAGUUCUUCUCAGGGCAGCUGGCCGCUUUCAUCCUCCUCAGGGCCGCCAGCCUCCAAUUUUCACAUGACCGCUGCUGUCAAAGUUCCCUCGGUGGCCACAGUUUCUAGAGCUGGCAAAUCCCAGGCGCCAGGGUGAAAUUUCUAGGCGCCGUGGCAUUUGUCGAGUCCUGAUAUAUAUAUAUAUAUGUGUGUGUGUGUCCCUUUAAGAAACUCGCACCCCCUCCUACCAACACCACAAGCGUAAGGGAGGAAAUAUAAUGCGUGGACAGUUGACAUUUAAUAAAUUCAUAUGUAAACCAAAACUAUAGUUUUUGCUGGUUAUUGUCAGUGAGCCAUCUCUGCUUGCGUAACAAUAUCCUAAGGAAAAAAUUGAUCUGUGUAUGACGGAAGAGGUCAGGCUGUGACUGUGUCAAGUGCUAAGUAAAGAUUAAAACUUUAUUUGUGCAUCUGGUACUAAUGAGGCAUGUAGAAAAAUUCCACCAUAUUGCACAAAGUGCCAGUGACCUGCAAAAACAUGAAUGGCUGCAUAGCUUUAGAAAAGCACUUUCACGCACACACGGAUGGGUUUAACUGUAAGAGUAAGUGUAACUUAGAAAGCAGUGAGGCACAUCGGAAGAUCGGGAGCAUUCUAGACCCUGCAGGUGUAUUCCUACUGAACACUGGAUACACUUACACAUCACACUGUGUCUCUAGUUGCUGUCAGCCACUAUUUGUAGUUCAUAAAAGAACAAACUAUGUUUUACAUCGCAGGGUUAAAAUGGCAGGACCACUGCACCCAGACCAUUUAAUUGAGAUGAAGUGGUCUGGGUGACAAGAGUGGUUCAUUAACUGCUGCUUGGGGAGAACUGAGAAAUUAUUUCUAAUCUGGAAAAUGAACGAUCUAGGUAAAUGUAUCCAUUUUGGUUUAACAUUUAUACUUCCCUUGGCCAUCCUUCACUGUUCCCGGUCUAUAAACCUGUCAAUCUUUGUAUUUACGAUUUAUUUUGGCAUUAUGAUCAACAUUUAUAAUCCUGUUUGCAUAAAGAACAGGGAUGGUUUGCUCAUUAUGGAUCGUAUCCCAAAAUGGAAUGUGUUUAUCAUUUAAUGUGCAAUAAGACAAAACCACUGACUGCUGAUUUGUAUGAAUUUCUCAAGAAGCAUGCUAAUACUGCAAUACAUUGUCUUACAGAUAUCCGAGAAUUAACAAGGAGUCACUGCUUCCAAUAGCCAAGGACUUGUCAUAUUCUGUUGAGAAUGCAGAGACCUGGUACCCUCCGGGUCACGGUGACAUCUAUGCUAGUUUUUAUAACUCUGGUCUUUUGGACACACUCUUAGAAGACGGGAAGGAAUAUAUUUUUGUUUCCAACAUUGACAACCUCGGGGCCACUGUGGACCUUCACAUUCUGAACCACCUUAUGAACCCUCCGAAUGGGAAGCGCUGUGAAUUUGUCAUGGAAGUUACAGAUAAAACGAGGGCAGAUGUUAAGGUGAGGUUGAUUUUGAAGUUCAGAUGGGCUGAUGUAAACGGAGCAAGCCAUGUCAGCUUUUAUAUGACUGGUUUAAAAACACGCUGUAUGGUCAGAAAAUGUCUGGUGGUAUAUAACAAGUUCUAAAAAUGGUUCAAGACUGACUUUUUGGGGUGUUUUUUUAAAUCAAUUUAGAAUUUGUUGAGAAAAAGAGAACUCUUUCACUUAACUAUUGACAUCAGCCCAGGAACUGGUAUUUUAUCUUUAGUAACCAGAGUAUUUGUGUUUUUCCUGGACUUACAUUGCAAUACAUGUGCUGCCCUAUAGUAUGUACAAUGUAUUCUCUAUAGGUGUAAGUAAGACCCCCAGCAUUUUUACUUGAUUUCUAGUCGCAGGAUAGAAUUUAUGCAUUCCACAGGGCAGCACAAUUCCUGCACUUUCCAUAUAUCUCAGAAAUGCCAGUGGAUUUGAUAGCUCUAAUUAUACCCCAGGAGUUUCCUGCUUCUGUUUUACACAUCGUAUUAAUGUGUAUGAAACUUACUCGGCAUUUUAAACCACAAUGACAUUUUUUUUUUAAAAAACUGUUAAUUUUGACAGUGGGAUUGGACAGCAGUAUUUGAGUUCUUUUUCUGAAUAUCCUAUAUAUUUGCUUUUCUUCCCACCUAUAGGGAGGUACGCUCACUCAGUGUGACGGGAAGCUGAGACUGGUGGAGAUUGCCCAGGUCCCCAAAGCACACGUUGAUGAGUUCAAAUCUGUGUCCAAAUUUAAGAUCUUUAACACAAACAAUUUGUGGAUUUCUUUGUCUGCAAUCAAAAGGCUACAGGAAGCCAAUGCAAUUGACAUGGAAAUUAUUGUUAAUCCAAAGGUAAAUGUUAAAGUUGUAGUUUUUGAGAACAUGCCUUUUUUUCCAUUGAAAUGUUAAUGUGCUGUGUUUUAGGCAAUAUAAGACUUGAGUUGCCGCGAAUGAGAGCUGGAUACAAUUAAUUUCCCUAUAAACAGUGAUAUUUGAUAUGUUUAUUUCUAUAACUUUUUUUAAAUUUUAUUUUUACACGCUGCAGACUUUAGAUGGAGGACUAAAUGUUAUUCAGCUGGAGACAGCUGUUGGUGCUGCAAUUAAAAGUUUUGAGAAUUCUUUGGGUAUCAAUGUUCCCCGAAGCCGUUUCUUGCCUGUGAAGACCACGUCGGAUCUCCUGCUCGUUAUGUCUAACUUGUACAGUCUGAACGCUGGCUCCUUGACAAUGAGUGAGAAGAGAGAGUUCCCUACAGUUCCUCUAGUCAAAUUGGGAAGUUCUUUCACGAAGGUAAGAAUUCAUUCUAAGCCGAGACUGUCCUCUCCAGCAUAGCUUCUGGCAUAACUGAAUGGAUUAAUCUGACUCAUUGACUCUUAGAGAUUUGUGAUUUGGUUGUUUUACUUUUUGUUUUUUCAAUUAAGUUGAUAAGAAAACCAGAAAUAUGGCUGGGAAGGAGACUGUUUAGAUUGACAAUUGAAAGAGGGUCUGUUAUAGUUCUCUGUUUGAAGUUUAGCCAGUUUGAUUAACAAGAGUUUCCAUUAAACUUCAAUAAGGACUUCGUCCCAGAACUUGUUUGGUCAGUUUUUCUGCGGUAAGGUAGGAGUCAUGGAAAGAGGACGUGAUGAUUGCAUUUUAAAUGGUCAGACUGUGUUUUUAUUAAAGGCAGUUUUAUACCACACAAUACAGAUUCAUAAACAUUAUCUGCCCAUUGUAAUAACAAACCGGUAGCAAACAACAAGAUUGCUGCUUUACAUAGCAAUGGCCAACAGAAAUAUUAUAUGUGUGGAUAUAUCUCUUGCAAUACAAAAACUGUCACUAUCCUGAUAUGAUGAUGUGUGUAUUUUACUGAUAAGUAAUCAAAGGCUACUUAUUUAUGACAGCAGUCACAUUUACCACAUUUCAACAUAUUGGAAAUUUUUUAAAUUUUUCAGUCCCCCCCCCAUGGGCUUAUAACAGUGUGUUUACCAUAAUUCUUAAUAGGUUCAAGACUAUCUGAGAAGGUUUGACAACAUACCAGAUAUGCUGGAGCUGGAUCACCUCACUGUGUCAGGAGAUGUGACUUUUGGGAAAAAUGUGGCACUAAAGGUAUGUACUAUAAGUUGUUUAACCAUCAUCCCUAUCCAGAUAUGCAGGUUCCCACAGCCUGCAUGGCCAUCCUGACUUGGUUAUUACAGGGGCAAACCAGGCCUAUUAUUUACAAUAGCUCUCCAUCAAAGGGCGCCUAAGUUAGCACAUUUCAGCAUUUUAUGUUUGUCAGUACUGGGAUACAGCCUCAGAGUGCAGCGUGUUUCCUCCAUGUUGGUUCUUGUUUUUGCCUAUAAGGCUUAAUCCAUGUAUAGAAAACAAAUGGGAACACAUUUUAAAAAUAGAGGUGCUGGCAUGGGAUAGUCAAAUACUAAUCGAAUUAUUAGUACAAUUGACAUUAAAAUAUAUAUUUUUAAAUUGUAUCUGGUUUGUUUAUUGGAUGCUGCAUAUUAAAUAGCGGAACAGAUAACCAUUCUACGUAUUCCCCUCACCAAAAACGGAGGGGUUGUGUGUGUGUGUGUGUGUGUGUCUCUGAAAUAUCAACACAGUUCAUUUAAUGUAUAUAGAGGGUGGUGUACCUGUCGUCUUACAAACCACCAUGUGUAGCGUUGGCAAAAUAAGUUACCAAAAAAGAUCUCCUCCCUGUUCAUCUAAUGUGAUUUGUGGGUGCAGUUUGGAAAUGUGUCACUAAUUAGGCUAAAGCAGUCUGGGAAGUUUUGGUGUUGAACUAAGAUUGACAGGACAGCGAUAUUCCUUUUCACAUUCAUUACACUAUGCACUGCAGUUAUUACGUGGUGUGAUGUCACCUUGCAGUAAGGGAUUUGAAAACAUGAACUGCUUUAGCAUUUAAACACUGCUUGUAUUUAACCUAUUUCCUUUCCCUUCUCAGGGUACAGUGAUCAUUAUCGCCAAUCAUGGCGACAGAAUAGACAUCCCUCCCGGAGCAGUAUUGGAGAAUAAAAUAGUGUCUGGAAACCUGCGGAUCCUGGAUCACUGACCCUAUGUACAAUUUUAUGGAUUAUACGUAGUACACUUGACUGAUUCUUACGCAAACGGAUUGGGUUUAGGAAAUAUGUCCUUUAAACUUUUCUUCCACCUCACCUUUCAGUAUUGUAGUUUGUCUGUGUACUGUAGAAUAUAUUUAAUAGAACCCCCUGAUCAUUUCGAAGCUAUACAUAAAAUGAAAAAUUUUGUAAUGUCAACACAUGUUAAUGUGGGAGACUACUUUAUGUGCAAUACCGUCCUUACCAGUGAAAAAAUAAAAAGGACAAAACACCAUCUA